GUUUACUGUUGUCAAGCGAAACUUCCGAUUGCCUAUUGCAAUGAGCAAGGCUACUUUAAUUGAUAUGAAAUAUAAUAUUAAAUAAAAGACGUACAUUCUAGUAUACAAAUGAGAUGCCCAUUUGAUAACUGAAUAGUGCUUCUAGAGGUAAAUGAAUUGUUUUGAACUGAUAUUAAUAAGUAGGCAGUUUUAUCUUUUACUUUUUUUUUUUUUAAAUUUAAAACUACUCACUUUACUGAACUUACUCACUUAACUAGAUAGUGAUAGAGUCUACUUAUAAUAAUUGUAUCUAUAAUAAUUAUAUAAUAAUAUCAGUAUCAUUUGACUUAGACCGCGCUUAGGCUAUAUUAUGUUACACUACUAGAAAUAACCCCUUAUCGGAAAUAGUAUUUUGAGCGUUACUGUUCACUGUUAGAGCUCAACAUUAGGACAUUAGUAAUUAGUCAUUCAUUUAGAUACUUUGGUCAAAAAUGUAAACAUUUUUUAAAAAUAAACCAAUGGCACAGUUAAAUAGUGCUAAUUUUAAACAGAAUUAUAACACCAAAAUCAUAUUUUUAGCUGUUGUAGUUUUAAAGUUAUGAAUUUUCAAAGUACGACUUGGUUUGUCAUUUUUUAACAUGGACUGCAUCUCCACAUUCUGUGACCUCAUUCCACUGAUCGCGUCAUGCGCAAUGACUAUAUAGUUUAUAUAAGGCAACGCAUUCCCUAUCGCUAAAAUACUGUUUAGGGUCGACUUAUUUUAAACUUUCAACUUUGGCACAUGAAUAAUUAAUAAAAGCUUUCCCUGACCAAUGGUUUAAUAGCUUUUGCACACGGCAAACUCUUAUGAAUGAAACUCUGUUAUGCAAGUGGCUGUGAAUGGUUGCCAAUGACAACGUGUUGCACAGGGAAAAUUCUGAUCAUUUAUAAUAUGGACUCUGCAGGGUUUUUAAAGCUCAAAUUAAAACAUUUCCAGUUUAAAUGUCUUCAAAAUGCAUUCUGAAACACAAAAUAUAAAAUAUUUUGAUGUAUAUAGUGGUAAUAAUUAAAUAUUUCCUAAGUAUCGGCAACUUCCGCCAUUAAAAAGGGGGCGUGGCCCACGCCAUGUCGAAAUUAGGCUGAGCCACCUUAUGGUGAUAUGGGUCACUGUGACAAGUGUAACAAACGUGAGACACGACCUACAUCAAUGAAACUUGGCACAGAUAUAGAUCAAUAUAUAAUGCUCAUACAGAUUUAAUAAAAAAGGACCUUAUCUUAUUAUUUCACAAAAAAUUUUGUAUGCGAAGAUGCCUUAUAUAUACCAAAGAUUUUCAAAAUAAAGGUCGAUUGAAAAAAGCAAAAUAGCUGGCUAGAAAUGUAGGCCAAGAUGUCUUCCAAAUUAUAAGGCCUGAAACGGAACUCAAAUAUAUGUGGAAAGAACUAAUUUAAUAAUAAAUAGACACACACAUCGGAAAAUUAAAAACUCGGAUUUUUCGGCGCCGACGCCCAUUUCCGAUACAAAAAAAAUAGCAGUCUCCCUUGUUUCAUCGAAGUAUCUACAUUCAUGAUUCAUACAUUUAUAUACUAACUAUCCUAUCACAAUCCAGUAUAUAUCACCCCCAGGUUGGAAAAACUAUGAUCUAAAUUAUUUGUAAACUUCUAAAUUUUUUAGAUAAAAUAAUUUGGCUAUGCAUUAUAAUUCCCCGCAUGCAACUGAUGGGACCUAAUAUUAGUAAUAUAGGCUAAUAUAGGAGUAGAAUAAGUCAUUGCCAAGUAAGCAUGUUGUACGAGGCAACUUAUUGUAUCAUGCUUUGCAAUGGGCUAGCAACCCAUUCAUUGCAAGAAAAUCAACUACCACUAUGCAAACAUCCACAAACAAGUGUUUGCCUUCCCCAGCGAGGGCGGGUCCUUAUAAAGGGAUUAUGACACAGAUUAGCCAAAGCCAUACGGGAGCUGACUUGCCAACUUCCUGUCUGAUGCUGCAGAAUUGGCACCUGGAAUGUUAGAACGAUUUGGGAGGAGGGGAAGACAAAAGAAGUAACUAUGGAACAGAGGAUAGUAGAAAUCUUAGGAAUAAGUGAGGUAAGAUGGACAGGAAAUGGAUCUACUAAACUAACAUCUGGAGAGUCCAUUUUAUACUCUGGUCAUGAAGAAGAAGAUGCCAUACACAGUGAAGGAGUAGCCCUGAUACUGUUACCUGCUGCAAAGAAGGCUCUGAUUGAAUGGCAGCCUGAGGGACCAUGGAUAAUAAGAGCAGUCUUUAGAACUUUCAAGAUAGACAUCAACCUAAAAAACUUCAGAAUGUUGUUUCAAGUGCAAGAGACAAAUUUAUUAACAUUAUCAUGGAGGACUUCAAUGCAAACAUAGGAAAUGUUAAUCCUGGCUAUGAGGAAGUAAUGGGAAGACAUGGAUUAGAAAACAUGAAUAAAAGUGGAGAGAUGUUUGCAGACUUUUGUGCAAAUAAUCACCUGGUAAUUGGAGGAAGCAUAUUUCCACACAAGAAGAUCCAUAAGGUGACUUGGAUAUCACCAGACCAAGAGACCCAAAACCAGAUUGAUCACUUAUGUAUGAAUAAAAAGUUCAGACACUUACUGCAAGAUGUUAGAGCCUAUAGGGGAGCAGACGUUUCAUCUGAACAUAACUUGGUGAUAGUGGAAGUUGUGCCAAAAAUUAAAAAGACUGAACACCAUCCAAAAGAAAAGACAGCGCUGUAACACAGAAUUCCUUAACCAUUUCAUUACCGCUGGUUUUGGGGGCAUCGAUUUUUGCUGACUCAGCAAUAAAAAGCUUUUUAAAAAGAACCCUUUCAUUCUCUAUCCGAUUUGCUUAUUAACUUCUCUAUAGAUCAAGGAAUAAAGAAAUAUAUAGCAUUGAAAUAUGACGUCGACUUGACGUCCUUGGUAUUUCAGAAAAGGUUUUUGCCUCUUUGUUAUGACGACAAUGUGACAUCCUUGGUAAUUGAAAGUGGGUGAUCGUGACAUCGCGUUGGUGUCAUUGGUAACGAAAAGGUUAAAGGAACUGGAAUCCUCAAGGUACCAGAAAAGAAAUAAGAGUUUAGAGUAACACUAUCAAACAGAUUUGAGGCUCUGCAACAGCUCGAGAACAUAUCUGAAGACAUAGAAGAUCAAUGGUAACAUAUUAGAGGAAUCUGGGCGAACAUAUGCGAAGAAGUAUUAGGGAAGAAAGAAUAUCAACAUAUGGAGGGGUUCUCAAAAGAAACAAUAUACAAAAUUAAAGAGAGGAAAAGAAAGACGAUAAUUUAUUUAGAGAGCAAAACAAGAGAAGCAAAAGUGACUGCUUUUGGUAACUACGCAAAUGCAAAUAAAGAGGUUAGAAAGAACAGCAGGAAAGAUAAAGGGAGAUUUAUUGAUGACAUUGCUAAGGAGGCUGAAGAGGCUGCAUCAAAAGGUAACCUAAGGGACCUGUACAAUACAACAAAGAAGGUGACAGGAAAGUUUCUUCAGCAAAGCAGACCAAUUUGGGAAAAAAAACUAACCAACAAAGAUGAACAAAGAAAAGAUGGCUAAAAUAUUUCACAAAACUCCUAAACAGGCCAGCCCUACAAGAACCACCUGAAAUUCUCCCUGCAGAAAAAGAUCUUCUCAUUGACUGCAAUGUACUCAACAGAAAAGAAAUUAAAAAUGUGAUCAAACUAGUGAAAAAUGGAAAAGCUGCUUGCCCUGACGGAAUACCUGCAGAAGUACUAAAGAUAGACCUGGAACUGUCAUGAAGCAUACUUCACCAACUUAUUGUGACUAUCUGGGACAAAGAAGAGAUACCCAUGGAGUGGAUGGAAGGAUACUUGGUCAAACUUCCAAAGGAAGGAGAUCUCCAAGAGUGUGGAAACUAUGGAGGAAUCAUGGUACUUUCUGUAGCAGGAAAAAUAAUAAAUAUAAUUAUUCUGCAGAGAAUAAAAACAGGAUGGUUUUAGAAAAAUCAGAUCACCUACUGACCAAAUUGCAACCCUGUGCUUGGAGUGGAAUGCAUCAUUGUACCAAAAUUUUGUCGACUUCGAAAUAGCAUUUGACAGCUUAGACAGAGAUACACUCUGGAAACUACUAAGACAUUAUGGUAUUCCCCAAAAGCUAACUAACUUAAUUAAAAACACAUACAAGGAUAUGAGUUACAGGGUUAUACAUGAAGGUGAACUCACAAACCUAUUUAUGAUAGAAUCUGGAGUCCGACAGAGAUCCCUGCUCUCACCAUUCCUCUUUCUGUUAUCCAUUGACUGGAUCAUGAGAGAAACAACCAGGGGUGGGAAAAACUGAAUCCAGUGGACACCUUUCAGACAGUUGGAGGAUUUGGAUUUUGCAGAUGACAUUGCACUUUUAUCACAUAGCCAUAAACAAAUGCAGGAACAACAAAACUUGACUCUGUAUUCCAGCUAGUUGGACUUAGCAUAAAUAAAGGGAAAACUAAGAUAUUAAGAAUAAAUGCAGUGGAUGAUGGAGUCAUUGGGAUUAACCUGAGAACUUUUACAUACAUGGGAAGCAUCAUAAAUAAAAAUGGUGGCACAGAUGAGAACAUUAAGUCUAGGGUCCAAAAGGCCAGAGGAGCAUUCAAUGCCCUGCGAAACAUCUGGAACUUCAGUGAAAUACCGACAAAAACAAAUUUAAAGAUAUUCAACUCAUAUUUCAAGGCACUUCUUCUAUAUGACUGUAAAAAUUGGAGAACAACAAUAACAAAUAUUAAAAAGCUGCAGAGUUUUAUAAACAAAUGCUUGCAAAGGAUCCUCAAAAUAAGAUGGUUUGACAAAAUUUGUAACACUGUCCUUUGGGGGAGAACAUCAAGUGUUCCGGUGGAGACAGAGAUAAAAAUGAGAAAAUGGAGAUGGAUAAGGCACACAUUAAGAAAAUCAAACACUAACAUCACAAGACAGACUGGAAUCCUUGUGGUACCAAGAAAAGAGGAAGACCAAGAGCCACAUGGAAGAGGGGAGUAGAGACAGAGGUGAAGAGAAUGAAGAAAAGCUGGGCGUAACUAGCAAAGUUAGCCCAGGACAGCGACAGAUGGAAAAGUAUUGUAGAUGGCCUAUGCUCCAUUGGGAGUGAGAACAGCUAAGAAGAAGACUGCAUUAUAAUACAUAAUUAUUAUGCUAUGGACAUUGCCCAGGCCUACCAACUAAAAUAUGUGUAGCACUCUAGUCUAGAGAUCUAAUAAUUGAGACUAGAAACAAAAAUCAGAAUAUCUAUAUGAAACAAAGACCUGGAGAACCACUACAACAAAUAUUGAGUAAAUCAAUCAUAUUUCAAUUCUUUGCUUCAUACAAAUCUUUACUAUUUGAUGGCUCUACACCAUGGCAUAUGAAAUUAAGAUCUAUAGGAGAGUGCAAAAAUCUACACCCAGCAUCACAAGACAAGCCCUCACCUUGAAUCUCCAGGAAAAACGGAAAAGUACCGGGCCAUAAUAUACUUGGAAAUGCAGCCCUGGGACAGACACCCCAAAAAAUGGGAUAAACCUCAGGACAGUUGGAGAUACUUGCCUAUGAUUAGGAGACUAUCUGAUGAUCUUUAUAUAUAUAUAUAUAUAUAUAUAUAUAAAUACUAGUCCAGAGCUUCCACAUAAAUACAUAAUUUUAUAUAGCUGGAAAUUCUAAAAAUAAUGAACACAUUAUCAUUAUAACCAUUUAGAUUUUGCUUUUAUGGCUAUCUCCUACAAGUUGACAUGUAUGUAAACUUCUUUUGUAUUUUGUGUUGAAGUUAACUGGUUAAAAUUUUAGAUGAAAAUACAGAAUAUAUUACAAAUUCUAACCCAAUAUCCUGAAAUUAUCACCUCCAUCAUCAUUUUUAACACCUUUUAUUGCACUUGACAUGAGUGCUGUCUAGAUGUUUGUCAUGUCUUGGGACCAAAAUUUUAUUAGAAAACUACAAUUUAAGAUUUCAUUAAAUUUUUAAAAAAAUGGUCCUGGAAAAAUAAUAAUUUAAAAUCUGUUUUCUUGCUAUUUUGUUAUUUAAAAUUUCAUUGCCACAUCACUGGGUAAUCAAUCAUUUACACAGGUUAAAAUCGUAUCGUUAUAAUAAAAUUUGAAACUGCAUUCUAUUUCAUGUGGGGUUAAGAAACUGAUGAAUACAUCUGAUUAUUGACAAGAUACUUUUUUGACCAUGCCUGGAGAUUCGAGGAAAGAUUUCAUCUUGGUGACAGCUGCGAACUAUUUUGGGGUAUUGAUCAAUGACAAUGCCAUUACCAGUCUAUUCAAUGCCCCAUCUCUGAACAACUUUCUUGAUGAUGGCAAUACCAUGGUAUUGGCUGGAAAAAUUGAUCCCAAAAAGGAAAAAAAGAUUGAGUUCCAAAACAGGGUAAGCCUUUAUUUUUAUUUAAUCAAAGAACAUUUUUUAAACCCAUCUGUAAAAAAAACCUUUCAAAGUAUUUUCAAAAUCACGCUGAUAUUUUUUAGGAUACUGAGUGUUUCUUUUAUUGUAUUUUUACAAAAUAAUUUUUUUUUGUGGUGCUUUUUAAGAACAUAUGCAUAUUUCGUAAACUUAAGUUUUCAUUUCCUUCAACAGGUGGAGGCUACAGAUUCAAAAGAAAGAGUUAUUGUUUUUUUCAAAAUUCGUCCAGAAUCCAUUACACCUGACAAUGUUCAAACCAACAUCAUUGUUUCCUCCAUGAUAGAUUCACCACUGAAUACAUUGUAUCAUGCUGUUCAAAAGGUAAUUCUGAAAAAGAGAUUUACAGUGCUGCAAGUAUUUUCGUAUCCCUUAAAUAAUCAGCUACAAUAACCUGCUUAUUUUUAUUUGAAAGCUCCAGCAAAUUUCCUAUUUCUAUUAAGUUAUUUCUUCUUUAAAAGGUGUAUGCCCCUUUGUUGCUUGAUGAUGGUAAAUAUAGCAAGAACAUUGAUCCAAAGCUCCAGAGCCUGCUUAGUGAGCUUGAAGCCGGGCUUGGUUCAGCAAUGCGCAAGUGUGAUCCUAGCUUCAGGGGGCGAUCGGGAGAGGAAGAUAACCUGGGAAGUAUGUUACUAGAAUUCAUUAUUUGAAUUUCGAUUAUAGAAAUGUUGCUAUCACUGGGGUUAAUUUUAUCUUUGGAAAGUGACGUAAUAAUAGCGAUUCCUAUUUUCUAUAUACAUCUGUUGUUUUGAGUUACUUGGCAAUGAAGAAGACUUGUGAUCAUCAUGCAGUACAACAAUUAUAAAGGUUUCGUAUCCCUUGUAACUUCAUCAGCAAUUGAAUUAUAUGCCCACAUUUUUUAAAAACACGUUUAUUUUGUAUCCUAAUGAAUCUACUUAAUGUUAUCACUGUCCAAAUCUCUAUUGCUUAGCAUGUGUUAUUUUUAAGGUUACAGGAAACAACAAUUUUUAAUGAUUUAAAAGAAAUAUUAAUUAUUUGAGCAUUAAAAACUAUAUAUGUUUUUUUUCUUAAUUCUGCUCUAAUAAAUACUUUGGUGCUCGCAUAGAAUUACCAGCACAUUUUUUCCAGACCUUCACUUAAACCAUUAUGUCUUUUACAUCAGGUAUUCUCACGCCCAUGGAUGAAUUUCAGUACUGGCAAGACCUAAGUAGGUCAAGUGCUGGUGGAGAUUUGAAAGCAGCAGCCGAGAGCUACACAGAACUGUUCUCCCCAAUAUCCAAGGACUAUGGUGGCUUGGAUGCCAUGCCACUGACUGAUGGAAUGGAGCUGGUUGAAAUUACGCAGGAUACACUGGAUGAUUUGUGGAAACAGGGAGACCCACCUUAUCCUGAACAUAGGAUGAGGCAUCUUAUGGAAGUUAUUGGUGAGUUUGAUAGCGUUAGCACUGCUUGUUAUAAACUUUUCAAAGUAAGGUUUGAAAUAUAUUGAAACAAAUGCAAAGAAAUUCUUCAUGUAACUUGAAAUUCUUAUUGGUAAAUAAUGGACCAGCUAUGGAGGUAAAAAAAAAAAAAUUUAAAAAAAGGGUGUAGGAACACUUUCUGAAAUAAAAUGUAACAAGUUUGAAUGUUUGUUUUUUUUUGUGCUUAGUUGUGUACGUUUUAUAAUAUAUCUUCUCAGUAUAAGAUGUGUUUAUGUGCGGCUGUAUUCUGCUGUAGUAAUACAUUUUUGUCUGACCAAGAUUUAAACAUGCACAUGUAUAAUCACCAAGAGAUGAAAUGUUCAAUUCAUUGCCCUGUUCAUUUAUGGACCCUAUUAUAGGCUAAAAAGACAGAAAUAAAAAGAUUUACCAAAAAAAGUUUAGAGCGUGGUCUCUUUAAAUAAGGACUAACAUUUGGGAGUCCUUAAACUAGUUUCAAGUUGUCUAGAAAUCGGUCAGGGGUAAAAUAAUAAUUUCCCACUAUAUUCUCAAGGGAAAAAUGUAUACUAUAAAUUGGAUCUAACUUGUCACCAGAAGAGACCAAUGCUAAGAAAAACAACUUUUUUUCUCAUUUAUUUGAAAUACUGUAAUGAUUAACUCUAUUUUCACUAUCAGCUGGAUCUCUUGGACGAUAUGCCCAGCAGAAGUUGGCAGGGGUUAAUAUGUGGACUGGUCAGUUUAGCUCUGUUCGUGAGUCACUGAGAUUAGGUAUUGCCCUCUGUGAGCGCUGGACAACAGCAUGUGAGACCUUGACAUCACAGUUCUGGAAAAGGUAUGCACCCCACCCAUGGAAAGGGGAGACUUGCAAACCAAAGACCCUAAAGAAGUUGGGAGACAGGCUAGACGAGGUCAGUAUUCCUCCUCCUUAGUAGUAGGUGAUUUUACUUAACUACAAAAAUGUCAUGUUAGAAAGGCUACAUCUGUCACUGCUUUUGUAUCACUGAUAUUUUUUUAAAAUUAAUAUUUCAAUUAUGACCAUUUUAAAUUUUAACAUUUUUCUUGUAAAGAGAUAGACUUUUUUGAACUUCUCUCUAUGGGUACCCUUUACAAAAUGAUUAGUCUGAUGAAGUAAAUUUACAUACAGCCAAUUGCAAUUUCCAUGUUCAAUCCCCAGAUCCUGUCCAUUAGAACUGUUCAUGAACAGCUGCUUAGGCUUCUUUCAGCCCAGGAGCAGAAAGAACUUGAUGUGUCCGAAGCCUUCUCGCCAUUCCUUGGUCUCAACCCCCUCCAGUACAACCCCUACACCCAACCCCUGUGGGCGGCAGCUGUGCAACAGUAUGAGCGCUCCAUGGAGCCGGCUCAACACAGAAUUGCUGGAAAGCUCAGGAACCAAUUCAGACAACUGGACCAAAACCCACAGCAGGUUGGACACACAAAAAUAUAAAUAUAUAUAAAUGGCUCAAAUGCUGGCAGUGUAUGAACUUAAACAUUGUACUUAAUUGAAAAUUUAGUACCAUCUUAACAAAAAACAUGAGGCUGCUUUUAUAAAAAUACUUGAUAAGUUAUGGGGAACUCGUGUGAAUUUUUUUUUUUUUUAUUUGUCAGAAAACUUGAUUUGAGUUAAAAUAUCUUGAUAAUCCAAAAUAAAUCGCUUGAGUUUUCAAAAUGUUCAUUUUCAGCUUUUGAGAGAAUUCCAGAGAUACAAAGAGUUAGUGAAAAGACCAACCAUUACAAAGGAGCUAAUUGCAGAGAGGUAAGAACAGGAUGGAUUUGAAUUUUUAAAAUGUAAUAUAUGUUGCAAGCAUACAUUUGAAUUUUAUAAAUAUAUAUAUAUGUAUUCCAAGAAUGAAACGAAUGCAAUCAUUUUGUCGGUUAAUUACUUGAUCCUGUGUUGCCUCUUCUUAUUUCAUCAGGAGAGUAUAUUAGGAAAAAAAACCUUAAUGACUUAGUAACCAUUAUGAAUCACUCAGUACAAUAGGAGUGUCAAGAUCCAUACAAACUGCUCGGUCCUGGAAAAUAUUGAAGCAACAUGUAGUACUUACAAGAAAUGCUACAGACUUUUUAACACAGCUGAUCAGUUGUUAUUUUGUACUUACUUCCCUUUAAACAGAAUAAAAAAUAUAACAUUUAUCUGUAGUAAUACUUAAUUUUUUGGUUGUUCGGAACACAUCUACAGAGAGCAGUUUCUGUAUAAUUCACUAUCUUGUUCUCACUUACAUUGUUAAAAAUUUUCACUUAAGGCACCUAAUGGUAUUACAUGUUACACAGAGAAACACUCCUUGGUCAGCUGAUCACAUACAUACGACAGGUCAGUGAAGAAUUUAAUUCCCGUACUGGCAGAGGAGGAAGCAACCAUGUUCCCAAAGGAAAGAAUAAUCCUGACAUUGUCAACAAUGUAAUCUACGUCAGACAGUUGGAGGCCAAGGUAAAUUUUUAGUGAUUUCAGAGAUAUUUGUUUUAAUAUUAAAAAAAAGGGCUUGGUAAACAACAUGAAAAAAACCUCUGGGUAUCACAUGGUGACCCAAUUUUAUUCUAAGUUAACGUCAGACAAAAAUGUGAUGUUCAUCACAGCAUGAGGCGAGCACGAUUCAAGCUCUCUAACUGCUUACAUGAAUUUUUCCACAGAUUGAUGAGACCAAAUUAAUAGCAGAUGCUCUUUUAGGUGACCUCAAUGGCUACCAAAAAUUCCAGAAGGACAUGGACAGCCUCAAGGAAGAUCUGCAGACCUGGAGAAGGGACCAGUUUGAUGAGUGGUCUCGAGAAAUUCAGUCUUUGAUUGAGGAUCAAAGAAAACCUCUUAGGUAAUGAAAGCGGAUUUUAUUUGAAUGUGUUUGAAAUCAUUACAGACUGCUUCAAGAUUUUCUUUGAUAAUAUAAUAGAGGCUCAUCUGAUGAUGCCCUAGUGCACUUUGCUGUGCCUAGUAAUUUUCAUCUCUCAUUACUGAUUAUUUCUGGGUUUUUUUUUUAGUAAACUUACUCAUGUUAAAAUGAAUUGUGACUUAAACAAAAAUUAAACAAUAGAAUGGAAAUGAAUUUUGAUUACGCUGUACAUAUUUAUUUUCAGCAUAUGCAUAGUAAUUUAAGCUAAAAAUGAUACAGAAAAAAUAAUUUAAUAUUUAAUUACCCAUACCUUUCAGUUAAUAGACUGAGACUGUACUGCUCUACAACAUAGUAUGGAGUGCAUUUUUUUAUGUAACUCUUUUGAUGACAAUUGGUAAAAAUACCAUAGAUCACAUGUUAAAUAAAUAAUUUUUUUAAUUCAUUGUAAAUCUUCGUGCUUAGCCUGGAGACCAGUGGGAGAUUGAUGGAGCUCAACCACAAAGAUGGCAAGCUGCGAGUUAACUACAGUGAAAGGUUGGUAACUCUCCUACGUGAGGUGAGGCAGCUCAGCUCCAUUGGAUUCUCUGUGCCAGUCAAGAUACAGCAGGUGGCUGAAACUGCCCAGAAGUUUUACAGGCACGGGGUCAUUCUUAAACAGGUAGAGAUUUGAAGUUAAUUGUCAUUUACUAAGUUAAAUGUCCUGAGUUGACACCUGGCUACCUGAAAUGUGUUCACAAUUAAUUUUUAAUGUUGACGCUUGUCACGUUCAGAUCGCGUGAAUUUUUCUGUGUCAACUUCUAUAAUGUUAAUUUGACCAAUCGUGGGUGAGUUUAUUUUCCCCGUGUGCCCCACGAGUUUUUAAUUUUCUCGGUCAAGGUAUGACCGGUGUGCUGUGUCGGGGGAAACCACGUGUGUGAGUUGAGUUUUUAAGGAGUGAACAGUGGCGAGUGCUGUGGAUAUGGUGUAUGAUUUUUGUCUUGUGAAAGGCAGUGAGUUUUCCUACGAUGGAAGAGGACUUGUGUAACUUUAACUGUUUUGUGUAGUGGCAUAUAGGCACACAUAGCCAAUAAAUAAGAAAACCUGAAACCUUGAAUUGUUUGUUGAUACUUGGAGCAAGAGUCAGCUCUGUAGGAGCUGGAAAUAAAGGGGUUCUAGACCCUUGUAAAAUUGUUCUGUGGCUAGUACAGAGGGGACCGACCCCUAGACAACGUACGUCACGUCACAGUGGGGGCCCGUCGAAGCAGCCAUAUCAUCCAAGUCUACCAUCCACCACAGUGGAGCAACCAUCCACCACAGUGGAGCACCUAUCCAAGUCCACCAACCAUCCACAGUGGAUUAACCAUAUAAACCAUUCGCCAUCGUCGCGGCAUAUCAAGGCAACCAUCCAAGUCCACCAACCAUCCACAGUGGAUUAACCAUACAAAUAUAUCAUUCGCCAUCGUCGCGGCUCAUCAAAGAAACCAUCCAAGCCUACCAUCAGCCAAAGGGGAGGCCCGUCGAAGCAACCAUAUCAUCCAAGUCUACCAUCCACCAGAGUGGAGCAACCAUCCACCACAGUGGAGCACCUAUCCAAGUCUACCAACCAUCCACAGUGGAUUCUCUUAAACCAUUCGCCAUCGUCGCGGCUAAUCAAAGAAACCAUCCAAGUCUACCAUCCAACCACAGUGGAUUAACCAUACCAAUCUACCAUUCGCCAUCGAUGAGGCACAUCAAGGCAACAAUCCCAGCCCACCACCAGCCACAAAGAAGGCUGUCGAAGCAGCCAUUUCAAGUAUAAUCAUCCAUCCAUUCGCCGUCGUUGCGGCACAUCAAAGCAACCAUCUAAGCCUACCAUCAGCCAAAGGGGAGGCCGUUCGAUGCAGCCAUAUCAACCUUAACCAUCCACCACAGUGGAGCAGCCAUCUAAGCCCGCAAUUUGCCACCGUGGGAGCACGAUCCAACCAUGCCAGCUCAUCAUUUGGUACGUGGUUCAAAAGUUCAUCUAAGUCCAAACAAACCAUACCAGACCAUACUGCACAGUGGAGGCCGUUAAAGCAACAUCAUAUCGUCCAAAGAACCCUACCAGCCUACCAUUCAUCACAGAGAGGGCCUGACCAACCAGCCACACCAGCUCGUCCAAAGAACCCUACCAGCCUACCAUUCAUCACAGAGAGGGCCUGACCAACCAGACACACCAGCUCUUCGAAACAAUCAUCACGGCCAUACCAGUCCAGAGGAAAGCCGUGCAAACCAACCAUACAGCUAUACCAACCUUAACUUUUAGUGACAUUGGAUUAUUGGAGACACCAGACAUUCCAACCCUAUCUACCUACAAGAAUACAAAUGAACACAUGGAUUAUACUUCUCAAUACGUACGAAAUCCCAGUGCCACCCAUCAAGAGAACCAUCACAAGUAAUUAUUUUAAGUACAUUAUUUAGUUAUUAGAUUUGCAAUUUCUAUUGUUUUAUUACUCAUUUCAUUUGAUCCAUUUCCUAUUUGUAAAUUUUGUGUAAACAUAUAUAUUGACAUAAGACUUAGAGAUAAAAAUGUCGUUACCUACUAUUGCCGAAAUUAAACAAAUGGCAAUAGAUUUGGGAUUAGAAGGGGAGGAAGCGAAAGAAUGGAUAGCUAUUAGGGAAAAAGAGGUUCGCGAAGAAGAAGAGGAAAUUCGCGCAUAUGAGCGAGAAGAAAAAGAAAGAAUCAAAGAACAUGAGAGAAAAAUGUCUGGGUAUAGUGCUAGUACACUAACUGGUACUGAAAAGGGACAAUUUUCUCUGGAUGAUAAGGAAAAUGAGGGCAAUAUACAGGGAGACAUGGCCUUUAGUGUAAAACCGAUUGUGGAUAAACAGGGACAAGACAGUUUGAAGGUGGGAGUAGACAUACGCCAGAAAGAGAAAUCUAUGUGGGAACUCAGAGAAGAAUGUGUCAGAUGGAUAUAUGGUUAUAGUCCACCAGAAUCUGUGGUGAGAAAAAUUUAUGAGCAAUUAAGUUCUAACAAACCUUUUGACCUAAACACCUUUAAGGAAUAUAAAAUUACUAAUGAAGAACAUAGUCACGUGACUAAAGAUCCUGACAUAACGUCGAAUUGUUUGGACGAGGGUCCAAGCAUUACUCAAAGUAAAGUUGAUGAGAAGGCUUUUAAAGAAAUCAAGCGGGAGGGGGCCUUUAGAAAUAGUUAUGGGAAAUAUAGACCGAGGAAAUAUACUAAGGUAGAAGUUAGUGGGAAUGAGCUUAGAUGGUGUCGAGAGAACAAAUCUUGGGUAAGUCUGUCAGAAACUAAAAAUCCAAAUGUAGAAAGGGGCAGUAUCAAUACUAGGAAAAAUGAUGAAUCGGAAUUUUUUCAGUUUGGUAUAGUUGAUGAAUAUUUUGAAGACACCAAAACAAGAGAAAAUAAGUUGGAUAAUGUGGAUAAACAGGACGAAUGUAAUGUGCAGGAUGGCUAUCACCCUUGCACCAUUAGUGAACCUAGUGGUAUUGAUGUUUCAUUUGGGGACUUUGAUUAUAAUAUUGAUUAUGAGCAUAGCGUUGUUGAUGCUUUGGAUGAUUUUUUUGAUUGGGAUAUUAAUUAUGAACCCAGUGUAGAUGGUUCAGAUGGAAAUUUUGAUAAAAAUAUUAAUAAUGAACAUAGUGUUGUUGAUUCUUCUAGUGAUGGUUUUGAUUGUUUUAUGGCUUAUGAACCCAAAGUAGAUGAUUUUAAUGAUAUUUUUUAUUGUGAGCCUAGUAUUGCUGAUGUUUCACAUAUUGAUGUUGGUAGAGUGACUGAGGUUUGUAGUUUGUUUGAUGGUAAUAUUGAUUAUGAACCCAGAGAAGUUGUUUGUGAUCAGAAUAUUGUUUAUGAACAUAGUGUUACGGAUAAUUUAUUUGUUGAUGUUGAGAGAGUGACUGAAGUUUGUAGGGUGCCGGAGGCUUUUGAUGGCACACUCAUGGCCAUUGAUAACACACCCACGGGUGUUGAAGACAUGAACCACCUUCCGCUUCCACGCAAGCAAGGGGUCAUGAUUAUAUGGGGGACAAGCUGGGGUAACCACGAAGUAGAAACCGUAACCUUGACCAGAGCGGCGACCACUAGAUGUCGUCAGGUUGAUCCUUCGACAGAGUUCACCGACACUCCUGAGUCAAGCUCAUGUGUGUUGUUAUGUUACAAAGGAGAAGGGACAGCUUGGGGGAAAGCAAAACGGUCUUGGGGUAUAAAAGACUUGAUGGGUGAAUUCGUGCCUACUAGACCGGGCAGGUCAAACACGAGAAGAGUGAGGGGUGAGUUGGGCGGAUCAAAUAACCUCCAUGAUUUCUUAAGACAAGGGGAUAAGCGAAACAUUCCACCGUCUUGUAUGUAAACAUUGAAGGGACAAUUCAUGGCUGUCCACACAUGCUCAGAUGUUGACAUUUGUUUUUCUUCACUUUUUCAUUUUUGAAUUAAGAUUUUUCAAAAUCAUGUGCUGUAAACAUUUAAAUAUUUGUUACAAUGUAUUAAAAUAAAUGCUCAAUUUCAUUGUAGGAAAAUAUUGAGAUGAUAAAGAAUAGUCAUUAUUUUAUCUAUUACCAUGUAUGUUUCAUUAGAGAUGUCUUAAUUCUACAAUGCAUUGCCAUAACAAUAGUAGUGACUUUCAAAGUAUGAUUGAUAGCGGUUGAUAACGGAAUGUUUUAAGAUAGACAUUUCAUGAUAUUUUUUUUAUUAAUAUCGGUAUGUUGUUCAUGUUAUAAUUGAUGUCAGUUUACCAGAGUAUGCACGCGAACUGACCGCUGUUUUGUAAACUCGCAACAUUGGGUUUCACCAAACGUCACUCGUGAGGUGCGGCGUGUCACGGUCAGAUCGCGUGAGUUUUUUGUGUCAACUUCUAUAAUGUUAAUUUGACCAAUCGUGGGUGAGUUUAUUUUCCCCGUGUGCCCCACGAGUUUUUAUUUUUCUCGGUCAAGGUAUGACCGGUGUGCUGUGUCUGAAAAAAAACCAAGUGUGUGAGUUUUUUUUUUUUAAGGAGUGAACAGUGGCGAGUGCUGUGGAUAUGGUGUAUGAUUUUUGUCUUAUGAAGGCAGUGAGUUUUUCUACGGAUGGAAGAGGACUUGUGUAACUUUAACUGUUUUGUGUAGUGGCAUAUAGGCACACAUAGCCAAUAAAUAAGAAAACCUGAAACCCUGAAUUGUUUGUUGAUACUUGGAGCAAGAGUCAGCUCUGUAGGAGCUGGAAAUAAAGGGGUUCUAGACCCUUGUAAAAUUGUUCUGUGGCUAGUACAGAGGGGACCGACCCCUAGACAACGUACGUCACGUCACAACGCUGUUUAAUAGAAUCGAAAAUCAACCUGAGGUCAUAUGAAAUGUCUAGAUUUUCUCCCUGUGACAUAAAGGCUUCUUUUGACGACCAUUUCCAACCUGAUCAGUAACAGUAAUCUAAUUGUUCUUUUCAUUGGUGUAAUCAAUUUAGGUUGCACAUUUCUACAACACUAUUGACCAGCAGAUGAUCCCCAGUCAACAAGCCAUGAUGUUGGAUUCAGCUCUCGCCUUUGAAAAACUUGUCAAGAGUCCGAAAGCAGGUUUGAUCACAUCCAAGAAGUUACUAGUUUUUAUUUUUUUAAAUAAAAAAAAAAAACAACCCUUAUUUAUGUUUUCAUUUUUGAUCUUAGUGAAAACAUUUUAAUUCUUUCUAUUUUUUAAACUCUCAUUAUGACUCAUAGUGAUAACAAGGGUUAGUUCAUCCUAAAUAUAAUAUAAUGAUCUAUUUUUUUACAUAGUAGUUUAUCCUAUUGAUGUGUAAAAAAUUUAGAAUUUCAGUGUGGUAUAGUAAAAACUGCCCCCUCCACUCUCAAGAAUCUUGUAUUUUGUAACUGCCAUAAGUUCGUAUUCUCUCAUCCUCAGGUUAUAAGGUCAAAGGUGAAGAUAUUCAAGUCACAUGGGACAACCCUGAGCAGCUGGAGCAAUACAUCAAAAAGCUACAAACUGCUGCUGAUAGACUGACUACAGAAAACAGGAAGCUGAGGAAAGUCCACUUUUUGGUGUCAGAUAAGGUAGCUGCCAUUUUGGAUAGAUUUAAAAAAAAACAACCUUUGUCUUGUAAUAUUUUGUAGUGUAUUUAGAAUAGUAUUUUAGACUAAUGCAAAGAAUCAGCAAUUUUGAAUUCUGUGUAAAACUUAAAAUUAUUUCAGUACAGUUAGUAAUUGUUACAAAUUCUGUCUAGUGGCAUUGAUACAGAAGAUUGUAAAGGGAUCACACAAAUGUAUAGAGGAUGAAUACAAAAAAAAUGUAAAUGCAAAUUUCUAUAUGCUCAAUAUAUUAAUUUAUUUUUUUUAAACAGCACCAUUUUAUGCAAAAUAUUAAACUGAGACUUGAAUAAUUAAUUUUAAAAUGUCAAAGAAAUUUUCUGUUUUGUGUAAUAUGUUUUUUCUUAUGAGAUUUGUCUCAUCAUUUGUCAAUAAUGCCUUCUUCCAGGUCCAAGCGUUGAUGAGUGUAGACCUGCUACGUCAACAACAGCGUUGGAAGGACGGCUUGAUGGACAUUCGUCAUGUCAUGGCUAACCUUGUCCAGCAGGGCUUUGCUAGUGAGAAUAUGGCCCCCUGGAAGGCCCACUGGGACAGACAAUUGUACAAGGCACUUGAACACCAGUACAUGCUUGGGCUGGAGGCGCUGAAUGAAAAUCAGCCAGAGAUCAAAGUGGAGCUGACCUACAGGUGAAAAAUUUAAUUCAUUGAUUUGAUGCUUUAUUUUAUAGGAAGUUUACCCAUUGACAUUGUGUAUCAUUAAUAAAACACAAUUUGUGUAAAUAAAACAAAAUAAAAAUUAUGAUUAGACAAAAGACUAAUUCAAAUGCUUUAGCAAAUGCCUUCAUCAGUACAACAAAAAACAUUAAUAUAAUUAUUUAUUAAUCAUAGUAUACCCCUUUUACCAUUGUGUACCAUGAAAUUAUUUGGGGAAAAUGUAAAAAUAGGAAUAAUUUUUCCUCGCCCACUAUUAAUUUUAAAUUUAAAUUUAAAGGUCCAGAUUUUUAAAACAAUAAAUAUAUUAUCUGUGGCCAAGAGUUUAAAGUUCAAAAUGAAAUAUUUUGAGGCCACGCAUGGAAUAGAAAUGUUUUUACUACAACAAAUAAUUACAAGUACAUUUAUUGAGCAAAUUAAGUUUGCUGUAAACACAUCAUAGAUGAAUUACCAUGAAACAGAAAUAUUAUGUUCUCUGGCUACAGGCAACAGAGACUCCAAUUCAAGCCACCAUUUGAAGAAAUCAAGGCCAAGUAUUUCAGGGAAAUGAAAAAGUUUAUCAGCAUACCCAACCACUUUAAAGGUGUUGGUGAUGGAGGCGCUGACCUCAUCUUUCCUGCCAUCAUUGAUCGCAAUGGCCAGAAUUUCAUCACCUGUUACAGAAAAGCUGAUGUGUUGUUUUCUAGACUGGCUGCUGUUGAAGAGCAGUUCAAGGUCAUAUUGCAAAAAAAAAAAUUCUUUUAAAGUAUACAAAUUGAAUUAAAAAUUUUAUUUAUUUAAAAUUUUAUUCAAUUUUAUAAAAUCAUUCUUGGUAUAAAAUUGGCUAAAACUAUAAAUAUAUAUAUACACACAUCAUAAAUUAUAUAUAUACACACAUCAUAAAUGCAGUUCAAUAGAUUAUCAAUGAUAAUACUCAUAACUAAUUUCUAGUGUAAUGGUUGAAAGAACUCAUGAACUCAUGCACCAUAAGACAAAGGGCAGUUGACAAAAUUUUGAUUUUUGAAAGGUCACUUGCUGUAUUUGUAAACAGAAUUUAUAUUAAGGCUUUGUUUUUCUCUAUGCAGGACUGGGUUGUGCUAGGAAACAUUGACCUGGAUCAGUUUGUUAUCGACAACUUGGUGGAAAUUACUGACUGGGAGAAAAACUUCAGAGCCCUGAAAGUCAGAGGCAGGGAUGCAGAGAAACUGCCCAGGUGUGUGGCCCUCAUGAACACAGUUCAUUGGUUGUGUUCUUAUGUGUCUUGUCAAGAUGUUUUUUCCUCUCUUCAUACUUGUCGUUUUAUUCUGUCUACGCUUUUUUUGUAGGGAAAUCAUUAAUCACCCUGAGGCAUAUUAUUUGAAGCUUGUUUACAUUCUGCAGUCAAAUCAAAGUGGACUGCAUCACUGUCAACACAAUACCCGUCAAGUCUGUGAUUGAUGAUCACAUACAGAGACUUUUUGAUGCUCUGCUGAACACGCUGCGCAAGUCCAUCAGCCAGGAUGUCACCCAGAUUGACACCUUUCUGGUGGGUGCCACCGAUACACUCUCUCAGAGGCCACAGACGGUGGAAGAGAUUGGGGCCGCCAAUGCCAAACACUCUGAAUUCUCUGCCACCAAGAAGGAGGUAAGUCAGACAAGACUUACUGGUUUAUUUUAGUCAUUGAAAUGCAAAAAAAAAAACCCAAAAAACAACAUUAUCAGUUGUUUUCAAUGAUUUGAAAGAAACAUAAAUAGAUUCUUAUUAUUAUUAUUUAGGUAGUUUUAUAUAGUGUAAUACCCCGGCCUAUGGUUAGGCUCACUUAUAUAGCGCAGUACUCCGGCCUAGGACUAGGCUCACUUAUAUAGCACAGUACUCCGGCCUAGGGCUAGGCUCACUUAGAUAGCGUAGUACCCUGGCCUAGGGCUAGGCUCACUGCAGUACCCCAGCCUAGGGCUAGCCUCACUGCCCUUUACAUAAAAAUUAGAAAUUACAGAAAGUUAUACAUUUAAAAACAACAUAUGAUAAAAAGCUUAACCUCAUCCACCCAAGUACUCUCGACCCCUGUCUAACCAUGGACAGCACCCAGCAGCAUCAAGACUUGUUUAUCAGUUAGAGGUUGGUUGAGAAUGAGUCGGUAUAGUAGAUUUUGAAGAGAUGGGUGUGAGGGCAGUUUUGAAGGCUGGGGAUGGUCGGUAUAUUGCGGAUGUGUAAUGGGAGAGAACUACAUUGUUUGGGGUCACAGAAAGAGAAAGAUCGUUGAGCAUAUGUUUUAGUGUGUGUUCUGUUAGUUAGUAUUGAGUCUUGCAUUGCUCAUAUCAUUUAAGGUGAGUCUUAGUAAGUGAAACAAACUAAACUUGGCAUUUGCUUGUGUCAAACCCUAUGAUUCUUUUUAAAUUGGGAUGAAUUUUGAUUUGAAACUCUGCUUCAAUGCAAGGAUGAAUACUACAAGUACGUCCUCUCUAGGUGAAGCCUCUAUUCGACAAAGCUGAAAGCAAAAAUAAGCUUCUGAGGUCAGUGGCCGGAGGAGGUGUUGAAUCAUUGACCCAGCUACAGAGUCGAUGGGACAAAUUUGAGAUUAUGAUGGAGUCACACCAGCUGAUGGUCAAAGAGCAGGUAACAUUUUGUAAUUUUUUUUUUAAAUAUAUAAUUUGCCUCUUUUAUUUUCCAGAGUAACAAAAAUCUUAAACAUUUCAAUUUGGAAGUUUGUAUAUUUCAUCAGUUUUGUUUGUUUCUUAAAUAUUUAUAUUUCAGGUUUUGUUUGUUUCUUACAUAUUUAUAUUUCAGGGUUUUUUUGUUUCUUAAAUAUUUAUAUUUCACCUUUUGGUUUGCCUCUUAUUUUAUAGAAUGUUUCAGUUUAGAAAAAUGUGACUUGCACAAUUUUUUUUCCUUUCUCUUAAAAAAAUAAAAUGCUUAAUGCCAAACUUGAUGAAACUUGACUUGCAGGUAGAUGUAAUGAAGAGCAAUGUGCUGGCCAGGGUCAAGGCAUUCCAACAGGAAGUAGAGAAGUUCUCUGCCAGGUGGCACCAGCUGAAGCCAGGAGAUGAUGCCCUGGAGGGAGAUAAGGCUACGUUGGACAAAGCUGUUUCAGUCAUCAAAGAGAAAAGACAAGAGUUCCUGGAGAUGGAAGAAAACAUGAAGAAACUACUGUACGUUUAAUGUUAUUUUGAUAUUUUAUGGACAAUGGAGCGCGUCCUUUUUUGUGUGUGUGUCAAUUGAAUUUUUGAGAAUUAAAUUGUUUUAAAAAUGUAUAUUGCAGUGAUAGCACUUGGUAUAUAAUUACAGAUAUCCUAUUAACAUUUUAACAGAAUUAAUUCAAAAGUAUUGCAUUGUUUACGUUGUGCAAUAUUUAAAUGUUGACAGGUCAGACUGCCAACAUUUCAACCUUGAACCCCCUGACUUCACUGCUGUGGAGGAACUGAAGGAGGACAUGGCACGCUGUGAGGGAAUGUGGUCUCUGUAUGAAGAGUUCAACAGUGGCCUGCAGGCACUGGCCAAAGAAGACUGGAUUUCUUUCAGGUCAGUUCUGCUGGGGUGGAAGUCAAUCUCAAACUAUUUUUAAAAAAAUGUUAAUGAGAAAAGAAAAGUGUCUAAAAUUAGAUGAAGGUCUUGGGGCCCAUGGAGUCAAAAUUUAUAAGAGUGUUGGACUGCGAUAAAGCUUUAAAAAUAGAUUAAUUAGACACAAACAAUUUUUGUAAAUAAAACAAUUUAACCUCUUUGCAAAAAUUAAAGUAUUAAACAAAACAUGAACAAUCAAUGUAAAGUCUCCAACUUCAAAUGAAACAUCACCCACCAUCCAUAUAACUAGCCUCAGCACAGAAUUCCAUAAAAAAAAUUCAAGCUCCAGUUUGUAGGUGAGAUUUUGAGAUUUAUUAAUGGAGAACAAACCUCGAUGGGACAUCAUUAUUUAGGACUUUAGGAUUUAAAAAUCAUUAACGUAUGAAAAAGAGUUUAAUAUGAGAUUUAUUUUAUUUUAUAGGUCCAAGGCAUACAUGUUUGAGGAGUUCCUUGGCGGUUGGUAUGAAAAGCUGAAGACAAGGGAAACCACUACCAUGACAGUUAAAAUACAAAAGGACAUCGAGACCUACAAGGUGAAAAGUUGAAACGUGAAACUAAAUUAGAAAGACUUACACAUUACUUACAUUGAUGGUUAUUUAUAAAAGUGCUGACUCCUAAAGAAAUCCAGGAAGAUAUGGCUUUCUUUCUAAUUUUAUAUUGUCCACAAAAGUGUUUUUUGUCUUAACUUCAAAUUUAUCUUAAAAAUUAUAUUUUUAGAAUGUUCUACCUGUGCUGAAGUGGGUGCGUGGAGAACCUUUAUCCCAGGACCACUGGAUGGAAAUGUUCCGCCUGCUACAGAUGCCAAGGGGAACCACUCUAGAAAAAUUAACAUUUGGUAACAUCCUGGCCGUUAGUGACAACAUCAUCAGAAAUGCUGAUGCCAUUAAGGUUGGUCGUCUGAACUGUAGAAAAUUUCUUUGGUCAAUGUCAGGUUCACCAGGUCUUAACAACGAAUGAUUUAAUAUAGAAAACACUAAAAAUUAAUGCUUCUUUUAAUCCUUCAGGUAAACUUAUCAAAUUAUAUGUCAAAUUAAUUUAAUGAUUUGGGAUGGCUGACAAAGUAAUAGUCCAAGGUUUUCUGUGCUUGAUGCACUGUUUUCCGAAGUCCCUCCAGUUAAUGUGAAAUGAAAGUAAAUUGCUAAUAACCGUCCUUGAUGUUCCCUGUCAAUUACAAUUGUUUCAGACUUAUGAGUACUAAAAAGUGAUGUAAAUUAGCAAAAAAAUUUUUUUAGGAACUAAAUCAAAGAGCCCAGGGGGAGGUAACAAUCCGAGAGGCCAUCCGAGAACUGGAGCUGUGGGGAGCAGGAGCAAACUUUGCUCUUACAGAAUACGAGGACAGCAACAAGAAGAAGAUGAAUCUCAUCAAAGACUGGAAGGAUCUGGUUAAUCAGGUGGACGCCUUUUAUAUGAGAUGAUUCUUACAAAUUGUUCGACGGGACCUCUCAGGUUCCGGUCGCAUGACCUCAGCACUGCGGAAUGAGACGUUGCUUUUGAUAUUUUUAGUUGCUGCAGGUUAUAAGCAUGCUAUGAAAGAAGUAAUACUCUUUUUUGCUUCCCUCCCUCAUGUCUUUUUUCUAGACUCAACACGGGUUCAAACAGUUAAGUAGAUAGAAUUAGCAGAACAUGCCAUUGGAUUUAUUGAUGUUCAUGCAGGAGAAUCCAGUUUCUGCUUGGUCUUGCGGGUGUUAUCAAACUUUUCAGGGGGGGGGGAGGCUGCGUCCUUUAGGCUGCAGGUUGCCCAGUCCUGCUUUGGAAUAUUGAUUAGUUUGUUUCAGAAGUUUGAAAAUGGAUUGUUCUUUUGGUCUAAUUUUUUUUCAUGCAAUAUGACCUGACUUUAAUAUCACUAGCUAGAAACAUAUUUUUUUAUUUUUAAUAUAGUAGGCUAUGAGUGCAGAAUGGAAUUGGCAAACCAACAUUAGGUCUAAAAAAAUUUUUUUUUUACUAUAAAAAAUUUUACCUUCACAAUGAAUAUUUUCUAAAAUUUUCAAAUAUUGUGACAAUACAGGUGGGAGACAACCAGUGUCUGCUCCAGUCCUUGAAAGACUCACCCUACUACAAGAGUUUUGAGGACAAGGCGUCCGUGUGGGAGCAACGUCUGGCUGACCUGGAUGAAUACCUGCACAAUCUGAACCAGAUCCAACGCAAGUGGGUCUAUCUGGAACCCAUCUUUGGCAGGGGGGCAUUGCCCAAGGAGCAAGGAAGAUUCAAAAGAGUUGAUGAUGACUUCAGGUCUGUAACCAAUUUUACUUUAUAUCAGUAUCUGUACAUUUUUUGCAACGUACUAAUCCAUACUUUUUUUAAAAAUUGUGUUACAGUAGAUAUAGGGAUAUAUAUAUAUGUGUGUGUGUGUGCAUCACAGAAACAUCAUGAGAGACGUCAACCGCGACAACCGGGUACUCUCACUGGUUAACCAGUCUGGCCUGAGAAACCUUUUGGUCACCAUGCUUGACCAGCUGCAGAGAUGUCAAAAGUCACUCAAUGAAUUUCUUGAGGUAAUUAAAAAAAUUUUAAAUUUUAAAACAUUUGUCUCUCACCUAUUAUGAAUCAGUUGGAAACAUCCUGACUUCUUAACGAGCCAUCAACUGCUCAAAAGUAUUUUGUGUGAUUGUCACUCAAAAUAUUAAUGCAGAGAGACUUUUUUUUUUCCCUCUGAGACAGCGUUAUAGUCUUUAACGAAGAUUGUAUAAAUUGGUUAGCAGGAACAUGUAGCAAUUUUGAUAUUUUUUCCCCCUGUGCUGAAUCGGAUUAAUUUUUCCCAUGACAGGAGAAAAGAUCUCUGUUUCCACGCUUCUAUUUCAUUGGUGAUGAUGACCUGUUGGAGAUUCUAGGUCAAGCCACUAACCCGACCGGUAAAAAUUUGUUCACAAAUUGAGUUUCAAGACUUGGGGUUCUCUUCUCUUUGGGUUAAAAAUACACUGAUGAAUUUUACAAAUUCAUGAAUUUGUUAUUGAUAUUAUUUUAGUAUAAAUAUGGGGUUCAUGCCCUGGUUGUAGCUCUGACUACAGGGUCAUGCCCUGGUUGUAGCUCAGACUACGGGGGUCACACCCUGGUUGUAGCUCAGACUACAGGGGUCAUUCCCUGGUUGUAGCUCAGACUACAGGGGUCAUUCACUGGUUGUAGCUCUGACUACAGGGGUCAUUCCCUGGUUGUAGCUCUGACUACAGGGGUCAUUCCCUGGUUGUAGCUCUGACUACAGGGGUCAUUCCCUGUUUGUAGCUCAGACUACAAGGGUCAUUCCCUGGUUGUAGCUCUGACUACAGGAGUCAUUUCUUGGUUGUAGCUCUAACUACAGGGGUCAUUCCCUGGUUGUAGCUUAGAAUACAUGGGUCAUUCCCUGGUUGUAGCUCAGACUUUAGUCGGAAGGGUUCAACUCAAUCCUUGUGUUACGUUAAAAGGUGUAUAAAUUGCUUUAUUUUAAGGAUUAGUGCCUUAAAUGUUUCUAUUUGACUUAUUAAGUCAUUAAAUCCACUGUACCAGUGUGCUCUAAGAUAUCACUGUUUGUUCAUCUUAGUUGGUUCAACAUUUUGGCAAACUUGUUCAGUUCGUAACAGUCACCUUUGUUACUAACAUAUUUAACCUAACACCUGUGCACGUCUCACAGUUAUCCAGUCUCACCUGAAGAAGCUGUUUGCUGGAAUCCAUGCUGUUGAGUUUGAUGAAGACAACAGCCACAUAGUUGCCAUGAAGUCUCUGGAUGGGGAAGUUGUGCCCCUCAAGCGAAAGGUCAAGAUCAUGCCAGAGGUUGAGGUCAGUAAAAUAUGAGGCUAGUUAUUGGUGGUUUUAUGAGAUUGAUGGUUUUUUAUAAAAUUUAUAGAGCAACUGCUGACCUGUAUAAUAGUAAAUAACUAAGCCAUUAGCUUUUUUAUACUCUCAUUAAUAUAUUAUUCUCGAUCACAUCUUUUAGCUCAUAUCCUCUAUCUCUACUGCCAGGUUUGGUUAGGAAAACUAGCUGAUGAAAUGAAGGACACUCUGAAGGAAUGUCUGACAGCAUGUUUGAAAGAUGCAAAGUCCAGUCGUGGGGGCCUAGAUCCUAACAAGUUUCCAUCUCAGGUACAAGUUUAGAUAAUAAAAAACAUAUUGUAAAAAAACAACCUGAUAUCUCUGAUCAUAUCUUGACUUUGAUUUCAAGGUAUUAACUCCAAGGGGGGGCUACAAGUACCAAUAAAAAGUUCUCUAUGGCUUGUGUCAUGGCUUCUGCUUAAAGCCACUGAGGAUCAGGUCCAGCUCUUGAUCUCCUUAUGUGGCUUAGUCUCAAAAACUAUUUCCGCAACAGGAAUAGGGUACGGUCAUUGGCACCUUAAAACUGUGAGACAUUUUACAAGUCUGAAUAUUCCCAACUAAUGCAGUCCCCAUUUUUUCAGAUCCUAUGUUUGGCAGAAUACAUCAGGUUUACUGAGAACUGCGAGGAGGCCAUCAAGAGGAACAGCCUCCGAGACUUGAUGGGGGAGGUAGAGGGGCAGCUGGAGAGCUACACAAAUGUGGAUCUUGGCGGUGUGCAGAGUACAGAGGCUGCAGGUGAGUGGCAUGGGGAAUGUUAAGCGUUAAAGUUAAAAUCUGAUGGUAUAAGGUUGUACAAUUCUAAAUGUCACAAUAGUAAAUCAAUGCUUGGUGAAAUUUUUGUUGAAGGACAAUUUAACCAUAUCUUGAACUUUGUACGAAAGAAAUUUAUUCGAAAGAAUAUUGUUUGACAGAAGUUUGUUUGAAAUUUAAUUUUUUAAACUGAUUACUUGUAAUGUUUUUAGGGAAAGUGCGAGAGAGAAUGUGAAAAAUUGUAACUUUUAAAUAAACUGUAAUUUGUUGGUUUUUUUCCCAUUAUUUCAUUUUGAACAAAUUUCCGUUAAAAAAAUAUUUCGGUUUCAAGAAACUUCCAUCAAACAAUUUCCUUUGAGCAAAUUCCUUUCAUACAAUUUUACAGUAACCAAAGAAUUAAAAACUUAAUCACACAGAUUAGCACUCACCUUAUGUAGCUGAGUAACUGUUGUCAUGGUUGAUCUUCCAGUUCUGCAGCUUAAACUGAAGGCCUUGAUUCUGGACACCAUUCACAACAUGGAUGUGGUGCAGCAGCUGAUGUCAGCAAAUGUCAAGGCUAUUCAAGAGUGGCAGUGGCAAAAACAGCUCAGGUUGGUCAGCCAUGUUGGUUUUCUCAGUAGAUAUUUUUUUGAGGUGAUUCUUUACUCACCAGCAGAACAAGUUCUGAACAUUUUUUUAAAAUGACCAAGAAAUAUUUCAUGUCUGACUUUUUAAAGCACUGCACUUUUAAUUUAAGGUUUAGUCUAUCCUAGAUGUAUUUUUAUAUCUUCUUGUUUUAUUAGAUACUACAUUCGAAAAGAUGGUGUGUGCAUUAUGCAGAUGGUAGACUCAGAGUUUGAGUACACAUUUGAAUACCAGGGCAAUGCAGCCAAGUUGGUCCACACACCACUGACAGACAAGUGUUACCUGACACUCACCCAAGGUAAGUCACAGCCUUGAAGAUGGACUAAUUAAAAUGUUCAUGUACAUCAACUUUAUUUUUUCCAUUAAUUACUUCAAGCUAUUUCAAAAUGCAGUCAUUAUUUUCAAAAGUGUAAAGAAUUAUACAUGACUUUCACAGAUAUGUUUGAAUUUUUAAAUUAAAAAAUCAGUAUAAUUUCUUUGAACAAAUUUAUAUUGAAAAACUUGUUUUUUUAAUUAGGUAUGCAUAUGGGGCUUGGUGGUAACCCGUAUGGCCCUGCAGGUACAGGCAAGACAGAGUCUGUCAAAGCUCUGGGAGGUUUGUUUGGUCGACAGGUUCUUGUCUUCAACUGUGACGAGGUGAGUUAACUCCGAUUAGACAUCCAGAAACCAUAAAAGGUUACAUUCUUAAAGUUAAAAAUUUUGAAAUGACCAAUGUAAGUAUGUGGAUAAGGGUUUUAAUUAACCACAUUCUGGUCGGGUCGUUAGUGUACAGCUGCAAAUGAUCAACGGCUUAAGGUUAUUCACAGUCUGAACAAGUGUUUUUUUUAAAACAGUGGUUAAGAAUUAAUGGUUUAUUUAUCAGUAUUUGAUAAUGUGUUAGUAAACAUAGACAAAUGACAGGUGACAACACUUCAUUGUGAUUCAAUGUGAGAGGCUGUCCAAUCCAAAAAAAUAUUAUCUUUUAUUAGAAAUAAGUGCACACUUUCAAAUUGUUUUUUUAGGGCAUUGAUGUCAAGUCAAUGGGGAGGAUAUUCAUUGGUUUAGUCAAAUGUGGAGCUUGGGGCUGUUUUGAUGAGUUCAACCGUCUGGAGGAAGCCGUGCUGUCUGCUGUCUCAAUGCAGAUCCAGGUCAUACAAGAUGCCAUCAAAAGCAAGGCCAGAUCCAUUGAACUGCUGGAGAGAAAUGUAGGCCAGCUUAUAUAGAAAUUAUUAUUAACUAAUAGAUCUCAAGAUCAUAUUUUUUUAAAUUGUAUGAUUGAAAUUGUUUAGCCAGAACUCUUAUUAUCAGAGUUUGAUUGAAUUUUUUUGUUUAAAUCUCAUUUCUAGAGAAACUGAUUUUUCAAGGUCUUUCUACCAUAAUAAUAAUGAUAAAGAGUAUGAACUUAUUUUUUAUUUAUUUUUGAAAAAGUUUCUUUUUUUUAUCUUGAUAAAAUCUAAACCAUUAUUUCCAAGUCUAUGAAUGAUUAAAAUGUCGACGCUGUGUCAUCAGGUGGAUAUUGAUCACAAUUCAGGAAUCUUCAUCACCAUGAACCCUGCAGGCAAAGGUUAUGGUGGCAGACAGAAGCUACCUGACAAUUUGAAACAGUUGUUCCGACCUGUAGCCAUGUCGAAACCAGACAAUGACCUAAUUGCUGAGGUCAUUCUGUUCUCAGAAGGAUUUAAGCAAGCCAAGAAUCUGGGUAGAAAGCUGGUCAGCAUCUUCAACCUGUCUAAGUAAGAUUUACAUGUCAAAUAUUUGCAUCUUCAACCUGUCCAAGUAAGAUUUACCUGACAAAUAUUUUGCAUAUUUAACCUUUUUGAGUAAGAUUUACCUGACAAAUAUUUUACUGUAAGCAUUGAACUUUAUUUUCACAAAUAGAAUUUUAAAUGUGAUCAUUGUCAUUGUAACCAUUAAACAAUGGCUUAGUUUCAUAAGCUUAGCUCUCUUGUCAUUGUCAUCUUCCCUCUAGACUUCUGUUUAAGCCUUUUGUUUUUAUUGAUAUUACUUGUGUUAUCAAGCAACAUGGGAAUAUUUUAUAACUGUAUUUGAUUUUCUCAAAUCUCUGUUCCUAUCAUAUUAUAAUCUAAAACAAGCCUGCAGGAUCAUUUAUUAUGUUUUUAGAGAGAUUUUUAAGAUGUCAAUUACUAUGUGAUUAAUUUAUUCAAAAUUAAGAAUUAAUUUUUUAAAAUCUUUAAAAGUAAUUUUUUUUAAAAUCUCAUCCAGUUGAGAAAGUCUUAAGUAGGAAAUUUGUAAAAAGCAAUUUUUAAUUAAAAUUAGGGAAUUGCUGACCCCACAACAACACUAUGACUGGGGACUGAGAGCUUUGAAGACAGUGCUCAGUGGGUGUGGAAACCUUUUACAAAUUGCCAAGAAAAAUGGCAAUGGUAGGUAACUCUUAGACAUAUGAUUGAAUUCUUCUGAUCUGAAUAGUCCUUUUGGCUUGCAUGUUCUGCAAAUAUCUGUUAAACUUCACACAAAAAUAAGAUGACUGAUUUUCUCAAUGCCUACUUACAUGCAAUUUUAUAAGUAGCUUUCCAUCUCCAAAAGUUAAAAAAUAAAUAUGUUUCACUCAGAUCCUACUAUUAAAUGUCAAAAUAAUAUUCUAAAAAUUAUUUUUCUUAAAGUAAAAUCUGACAGCAACCUGGAGCCCAAACUGGUUGUCCAGGCCCUGAGAAUCAACACGUUGUCCAAGCUGACUUUUGCUGACAGUUCUCGCUUUGAUGCCCUUGUCAAAGAUGUCUUCCCUGGUGUAGAGUUCAAGGACAUUGAGUAUGAGACUUUGGGAGCUGCAUUCAAGGAAGUUUGUGCUGAGAGCAAUUUGAUUGUGAAUGAAAACCAGGCAAGUACCCAUGUUAUUGUUGUAGUUUUUUUACCUAAAAAUAUAGAGGCAAAUUUGGGGUAGCACUCAUUGGGAAUCUUAUAAAGUGUGGUACUUUGAUGCAUGUAUUGUCAAGUUACUUCAGCAGAUGGGAAGUUCACAGCAUUGCAGCUGCCAUUGUCUUGGCGGGCAAGUAAACUUAAUAAUAUGGAAUGAUUUGAUUCAUUUUGCUGAUUUUUACAUUUAAUAUUAUAAAAUUCCAACAACUCGUGUUUUUAAAAUAAGUUUAGUUAAAUAAACCAGAGUACAUUACAAAAAAAAAUAUUUUUUUAAAAAUGAACAAAAUUUCAUCAGUUAUUUUUCUGUAGUUCAUACCUAACUGAAAACUAUCUUGCAUGAUUAGGUGAAGAAAGCACUGGAGCUGUAUGAACAGCUGCGACAGAGAAUGGGUGUUGUCAUUGUGGGCCCAAGUGGUUCAGGAAAGACAACCCUCUGGAAGAUCCUGCGCCAAGCCAUGAUUAAACUUGGCAAAAAUGUCAAACAGUACGUGAUGAAUCCUAAAGCCAUGCCCAGGACUCAGGUACUGAACUUUCUAUCUCUGAUCAAGUUCUCGGGUGUUUAAUGUAAAGAAAUCUUAAAUUAUGUUUUUUUUUUGUUUACUUGAAAAAGAUGACUUAAUUUUGGGGGGAAAUUUUUCAGCUUCUAGGUCAGAUAGACAUGGACACAAGAGAGUGGACAGAUGGUGUUCUCACAUACAGUGCAAGGCAAGUGGUCAGGGAGCCACAAGGUCAGUAGUAUGUUAUGAAUAUUAUCAUGGUCUGUGGUGGUCAAAUGGGACAAUCCAGUGCAUUUGAUAUAGUGGUACAAUUGGGGAUAUUUUGUCAAAUGGGUAAAAUGAUUAAAUCAGUUCAGUGUAUCUGGUCUAAUGGUACGAUCCAGGGUAUCUGGUCUAAUGUUACAAUCCAGGGUAUCUGGUCUAAUGGUACAGUCCAGGGUAUCUGGUGUAAUGGUACAAUCCAGGCUAUCUGGUCUAAUGGUACAAUCCAGGGUAUCUGGUCUCAUGGUACAAUCCAGGGUAUCUGGUCUCAUGGUACAAUCCAGGGUAUCUCGUCUCAUGGUACAAUCCAGGGCAUCUGGUCUAAUGGUACAAUCCAGGGUAUUUAGAUGUUAUAUUUUGUACAUGUUUGCUAAAUAACCUCAUAUAUAUCAUCACAUUCUAGAUUAAUUUAUUUUUGUAUAAUAAUUUGGUUAAAUAGUAAAGAGGCACAACCAUUGUCAAGUAGGAUAACUCAUUAAGUAAAGAUAAAUAAAUAAAUAAUUAUUAAACACUGACAAAUAAAAUUGAUAUUUUGUUUAUUGAAUUUUUUCUAUAGAUGUUCAGUCUUGGAUUAUCUGUGAUGGGGACAUAGAUCCGGAGUGGAUCGAGUCCCUGAACUCUGUACUCGAUGACAACCGCUUGCUAACCAUGCCAUCAGGGGAGAGAAUACAGUUUGGGCCAAAUGUAAACUUCCUGUUUGAAACACAUGAUUUAAGCUGUGCUUCACCCGCCACCAUCUCUCGCAUGGGUAUGAUAUUUCUCAGGUCAGUCCAAGAGGUUUUUUUCAUGUUACAUUCAAUCUUUUCUCAUAAAACAGAGGUUCCUACCUAAACUGUGGGUCCAUGACUGCAUAGCAUACUACUUGUAGACCCCAAACCACACAGGUAAGUUUGUUUAUGAUACAGCUUGAUCUGGUUAAAUUUAUUUAUGAUACAAGUUGAUCUAGUUAAACUUGUUUAUGAUACAGCUUGAUCUGGUUAAACUUGUUUAUGAUACAGCGUGAUCUGGUUAAAUUUGUUUAUGAUACAAUGGCUAUUGGUGCAUCUUUCAAGGCUUACUAUUAACCAGAAAUUAUUUAAAAUAUUUUGGACAAAAUUUAAGUACUGGAUUUGUAAAGAAUUUGAUUUUUUAAAAGAUAAAUUUGAUCAUACAAACUGUACCGUUUUUAGUAGAGCUUAUGAUGAUAUAUCUAAAUUCCAAUAGAGAUAUGAUUUUAAAAUGUCUUCCAUUCAAAACUUUGAUAUAUUUUUUUAAAUAACAAAUUUUUGGAUUAUUUUAUUCCAGUGAUGAGGAUGUUGAUGUGAAAGCAUUGGUCAAUGCCUGGCUGACCACACAACCUGAGAGUGACCAACACAUAAUGGCUGGUUGGAUUGAGGAUCAUUUUUAUAAAGGUCUGCAGUGGGUCCUGAAACAGGUAUUAAACCUUAACUAACUCUAUUCAUAUUUAUUCAACUGAAACCCCUCAAACAUCUUUAUAUAGGGAAGGAAAAAGUAGACGUUUUGUGCAAAGUUUCAUGUAACGAUUUGGUGAGGACUAAAGAUUAGCUUAAUAUUAGGAGUAUUUUUUUUCUUUUAUUUGUAACUCUGGGUUAAUCUAAAAUGAAAUGUUGAUAGGGCAUUACGGCAUGAUAAAUGUAUUUUCCAAAUAAAUCCUUAGUUUUUUUUAAAAUCCAGACCAAAAGUCUCAGGUAUAGUUAAGUCCCACAACUGUAUCAUGGCUAAGAAAUUAUUCAAAAUGAUCUAAUGUUGAUAACAAAUGUGUCUCAGAAUGACCUGGUGGUGGAGACAACUCUUGUGGGAAUAGUGCUCAACGGGCUGUCCCAUCUCCACCAUGUGCAAAGUAAAGCUCACUUUGCUGUCUGUCUCAUCCACGGCCUCGGAGGAAACCUUAGUGAAGGAUCCAGAGAAAUUUUCGCCAAAGAGGUCUGUUUGUAUUAUGUAUAGUUUAUGUUUAUUUUAUGUACAACAAUUCAUUUUACGAUAAAAUUAUUAUAAACUAGGCACACAAAAAAGAUAUGCCUUAUGCAAUGACAAUUUUUAAAAUAAAUAUUGUAUUCAUAUAUAUACAUAAAUAUUCACAUUAUUGGAGUUAGAAUAUAUCAUAAAUUUUAUUUAUUUAUAGCAAUUUACAAAGAAUAGAAAUUUUAAAAUAUAUAUUAAAUUUCAUGCUAGCCUGUUGUAUCUGAAUUAUAUUUGUAUAUUAAUGUAGGAUAACGAAUGAUAAUUUUAGGUCUUCUCAUGGACGGGAGAAAUGCCACCUGACUCACGUCACCCCCUGGACACAUAUUAUGAUGACAGUGUUGGAAGACUGAUGCAGUACAACAUGGAGGUACUAUCAAAUAUCGUGAUCUCAGACAUUUAUUUCAUAUUUUGGAUCCCUCUCUAAGAUAUAUUGUUUAGUUAUGCAUAUUGCUUGGGUGCUGCAAUGGCUGAGAAAGAGCUCAUUUAAUGGAAACAGUAGUUUUCUUUGAUUCCUUAAAAAUGUGUAAUUUUGAAAUUUAUAAGUUUAAAAAUCCAUGACAGAAUUUUUAUUAACGAGCUUUAGAAAUAAAUUUUAAAAAAAAAAUAUAAUUAAUCAUAUUAAUCAAGUGAUAUUUGAUAUUAACUGUAAUUCUGUGGGUGCAUGGUGGCCAAGUGGUCUAAACUAAGUUAAUCCAAAAAGCUGGUGGUCUGUAGUUCAAUCUGAAUUCAAACCCAGAGUCCUUUAGGGAUAACAUUGACACAAUGAAAAUUCUUGCACUUCUCACUUCUACAACCCUAAUAGUGCCAAGCUGUAUCAUCCACACAUGAUGUUACAGGAGAGAGACGAUUUGCUGUCUAAGGAACCAGCCUAAAGAAUCCCAGUCCUUGUGAUUUCGUCACAUUGUUUCCAGAAAAAAAAAAUUCAUAUUAAAUUAAUCAAGUGAUACUUUGCUUUUGCAGAAAGUUGAUGAGCUCAGAGUGGAGAACUUCAUGUCAUCAACAUCUCUGCCAGUGAUCAGAACUGGAGAUGUACAGAGGGCGCUGGACUACUUCCUCCCUUGGCUGGAGGCAGACAACAAACAGCCAUUCAUCAUCUGUGGACCAGAGGGCUGUGGCAAAGGGUAGGAAUAUACAUUGAAUCCCUGACCAAAGUGAUGCCUACAUCAUCCAAUAAAUCAUGAACCAAUAGUCACUCAGUUAAUGAAAUUGUAACUUAGUGUUAUCAGUUAUAUAUCUGCAUUGUAUCAGGUAAUUAUAUAAAGUUUUUGUUUUUUUUAAAUUAUUCAUUAGCCAUGUGUGGUAGCCAUUUAGCUAUUGACUUGAAAUAUUAAACUUAAAUAGGUCUACUUAAAUCUCAUCAACCUUUGACACAGACUCCUCCUGCGUCAUGCCUUUGAAAAGUUGAGAUCCACUCAAGUGGCCAUGGUCCACUGCAGUGCUCAGACAACUCCGUCCCACAUCCUCCAGAAGCUGAAUCAAACCUGUAUGACCAUCAGCACCAACACUGGCCGUGUCUACCGGCCCAAGGACUGUGAACGUCUGCUGCUCUACCUGAAGGACAUCAACCUUCCGAAACCUGACAAAUGGGGAACAUGCCAGAUGAUUGCCUUUCUGCAGCAGGUAAGUGGCCCUAAUAAUCCCUAGAGUUGAAAACUAGUUAUACAAGUCUAUGCUUAAAAUAAAAAAAUGUAAGGUUUGAAUGAGUUCUUUUCUUUUGUUAUUUUAUUAAAAUUGAAUAAAAACAAUGUAGCAUAAUGAGUGAAUUUAAAAAAAAAAAUGAAGUUUUUAAAUGAAUAAAACCCUUGAAGUUCAUAUAAAUUUAACUGCAGAUAAUAAUCAAUCUCUAGGUUUGCGAUGAUCAGUAUCAGCUUUAUUUUAUUAAUAAUUGUUUGUUUUUGUUUUUUUCAAAUUUUGUUAUAUUUGUGUAGGUUUGUCUGAGAAUUAUAUCUUGGCAGGGCAAAUGAUUCAUUUCAUUAUGAACAGGUUGUGACCUACAAUGGUUUUUAUGAUUCCAACCUGGAAUGGGUUGGCCUAGAAGGAGUUCAAAUUGUUGCCAGCAUGAAUGCAAGCUCUACACUUGGGCGUCACAAGCUCACAACCAGAUUCACAUCAGUGGUCCGCAUCUGCAAUGUAGGGUGAGUCCUUAUCUGUAAUGUGGGGUGAGUCCCUGAGUCCUGCCUUGAUUAAGGCCUCCUUUGAUUGAGUCCUUCUUUGAUUGAAUCCUUCUUUGAUUGAGUCGUUCCUUGAUUGAGUCCUUCAUUGAAUAAGUCCUUCUUUGAUUGAGUCCUUCCUUGAUUGAGUCCUUCCUUUGAUCAGCUGCAUGCUAGAAGUUUAUUAAUCAUCAAUAAAAGUCUUAAAGUUAAAUUGUUUGUAUAGGCCUAUAUAUUCUUUCUGCACCUGAUAUGAUCUAGGAGAUAUUAAUCAUUUUUAUCUUUAUAAAUAACAACCACUGAAGUCAUUUUCUAAUAACUAGUCAUGAUUGCUUCAUUUUCUAAUGACUAGUCAGGAUUGCUUCAUUUUCUGUUGUUCUUUUUUACAUGCCAAAGAACAAAUACAUUAUUUUUUAAAUGUUUAUUCUACCAAUGAUUUCAUUGUAUUUACUUCUAUUCACAAAUAAAAAUCUAACAGCAGAUAAAUACAACAAAAUAGCAUUAAAAACAAACACAAUAGCAUCAGGUAAAAAUAACUGCACAAUAUAUUCACAGGUACCCUGACCGAGACCAGCUCCAAACUAUCUAUGCCGCCUACCUGAAGCCCAUCUUACAUCGCCAGUUGGCCAAGCACUCAGUUUGGGGGAGUAGUUCAAAAGUUCAUGCCCUGGCCAACAGCAUGAUCCAGUUCUAUGAACAGGUAAUGACAAUGACAAUAAAAAAACUUAAAUUAACAUAAGAGAUUUGUUGUUUUUUUCUGUUAUGUUUUUCCCAGUUUAAAAAAAAUUGAGUAUUUAAAGCUUUAAUUAAUUUUUUGGUCAUCUACAUUUUCCUUCUACAAAAUUAAGUUGUGAAACUUUAAAUAUUUUACUGCUUACUUAAUUUGAGAGUAUGAUAUUGCUGGAGUGUUUGUGUGAAAAAUAUGGUCAUUCAGAUUGAUUUGAAAUGUCAUUUUACUAUAUUCAUAAUUUUUUCUUUGAAUCUUAGUUUAAUUAGGAGGGCCAUGUGAUUUGCUUCUCAAUUACUUCUUGAUUUGAAGUUAAUUUAAAUAAUGACUAUAUCUAACAUAAAAUUGAAGCUGAGGAGCAGAUUUACAGUAGAUGACUACAGCCAUUACCUAUUCACACCUCGUGAUCUUACCAACUGGGCCAUGAGUCUGCUGCGUUACGACCUGACAGCUGGCGCUAAAGAUAACACUGAUGACACCGUGCUGGAAAUCUGGGCAUAUGAGGCUCGCAGAUUGUUCCGUGACAGGAUCGUGGGUCAGGACAACCGCAGCAAGUUUGACAACAUGUUGCAGUCUGUUGUGAGGUCGGACUGGUCAGCAAAUAUUUUUGAUAAUUUAGACAGUAAGUAAUUUUUUGUUCAAUUUGUCAACCUAAAAUGUCUGCCCUCUUGGACCUUUCUUUUUAUCAAAUGUUAAACUAUAAAUAUUGAUUUGAGUAUUUGGGGAAGGAGUUUUAGUCUCAAUUUAGUAACAGAGUUCAAUUUAAGAAACAACUUUUGUUACAUGAGGUUGAUUUGAGCAAAAAAAACAAAUCAAUUUUAUAUCAGUUUCUGAAGAUACAACUUCCUUAUUCUAUUUUAAUUGUUAUUGUUAAAUAUGUAUUUCUUUUUUAUUAAACAUAAUACACUCAGGAACAUAUGUAUCUAAGAUUCCGGCAUUGAGAAAAAUUUAUAUAUUUGUUGUGAUGAAUAUAUGCAUGCUGUAUUUUCACUGGUGCGCAGAACUUGGUUAGAGCAACCAACGCCAUUUAUGUCCGUAUAUUAAUCCACAAACUCAGCUAUUUACCCGCGGGGGUCUUUUAAUAAAUUUGUAAUGCUCAUCACUCUGCCUCACCAGACACUUUCUUUGUGACAUGGGGUGCCCGGGCGGAUUCAGGGGCCCCAGCGGUCGGGGCUGGAGCACCCUUACCACCACAUGGUAAACCUCUUGGAAAACUCUCAGAGGAAGACUUGAAAGCUGUGGUUGAGAAGGGCAUCAGAUUCUACAGUAAGUCUUUAUAAUAUAUAGAUCCAAGAGACAUUAAUCAGAUUCUACGGUAAGUUUUUAUAGUGCAUGGAUACAAGAGACAUCUUCAGAUUCAACAGUAGGUUUUCAUCAUUUGUUUUCGUCCAAAGCACAAUAUCCGAUUUUUGGUAAGCUUCAAAAUCUCAAGCCACAAGGGGCAUCACCUUCUUAAAAAAAUGAUUAAUAAAUUGUCUUUACUAAUAUUUUCUAUCUUAUCAAGUUAGCUAAAUUGAUAUUUUUUCCAGGUCAUGAAAACAGGCAACUAGACAUUCUGAUAUUCCGUGAAGUUUUGGAAAACAUGGCCCGCGUGGAUCGUGUUUUGAGCAAACCCGGUGGCUCCCUCUUGAUGGCAGGAAGUAGUGGCGUGGGUCGUCGUACGGCUGUCAGCGUGGUCGCUCACAUGCACCAGAUGCAAACCUUCUCACCUAAAGUGUCCAGGGGCUACACCAUAAAGCAUUUUAAAAAUGACUUGAAACAGGUUAACACUGAGUAAAUUUUUUUUACAAUUUUUUUAUUUGGUCUAUACAAAGCUGUGAAGAAGGAAAUGUAAAAACCAAAAAAAUUGCUCAUUAGCAGCGGAUAGUACUCAAGAUAUCUAUUUGAACUAAAAUAUAAAUUUCUAUUUGCACUUAAUAAAUUAAACAAAUUUUUUAGACAACAUAUGUUCUUUUACAAUGGUGUAUGCAAAAUAUAAUCUUUAACAUGUAGGUUUCAUCUAAUGGCACGAUUCCUUUUUUUUUUUAUCCGACGAAGUGUGUAGGUUAUGUUUCUGUACUGUGCGGGUGAUUUUGAACUUUUUGGGUGACUUUGAAAAAGGUGAUUUUUCACAUGCAAAUACUAUAGCUAGACCCCAUAAAGUUUAUAUUUAUUGAAAUUAGACUCAGUGGGGAAUCAUACUGGCUAUUUUUUAAUGAUAUUUUAUAUGCACUGACCGUGACCUUGACCUUGGAGUGACCAAAAAUAAUGAAAAUUUGUAUUUUCAAGUACCUCAAACUUCAUUUUUUUUUAAAGGCAUAUUAUUAUAAUGUUUAAAUAAUAUUAUAAAAUUUUUAUAUAUCUUUCAGAAAAUGUAUUAUUUAGAUGUUUUAGUUAUUAAUAGAUUUAAAAAAACAAAAUUCUUCUAAUACCUAUAAUUACAUUCAAGUAACCAAGCCCGACAUAAAAAAUAUAAACAUUACUAAAUAGCAUGAAACAGAUAAAAUGUAAAUAGCUGCUAUAUAAAUAUUUAAUCCAUAAAAUGCAAUAUAAUAAAACAUGUAUAGAACAACAUCCAAUAAUUUUUUGUUGGUACAAAAUCAUUUGCAACAUAAUUUUGAACGAAUCAUGUUUUUGCUGGAAAGCAUACUCGUUCUAGGCCUAGGUCUAAAUCGUCCAAACUUUCACUUUCUGAGCCAAUAGAAAAAUAAUUGGAAUUAUCAUUGUCUAUGUGUGUAAUUGGAAAAUCAUCUUUUGAAUCCAUUAAGUCAUUAACUAAUAAGAAUUAUCAAAAAGAUUCCUAACUGAUUUAUUUUGUAAGCCAGAUGGUCCAUCUAUGGCCUCAUCCAUUUUGCGAAAAUCUACUUACACAAAUUUGCUUGAUAAAGAUUGUUGUAAAAAAUAACUCCAAAGUUUAGAAAAGGACACAGAGGCACAAAAAAUGGAAGUUUAUUUAUUUUAAAAGGAAGGUGUAAAAUAUUGGACUGGAACUUAUUCUUUCAACACAAUUUUUAUUGGCCGUUUUUAUCAGCCGACACAGUUUAGAAAGAGAGAGAUCGGCCUACCACAUUUUGUGGGUUGAAAUAAAAAUGAAACCAGUUGAUGCAUGUGAAAUUUAUGGAAAUUAGUUGACAACGUUCUUCUACAUUAUAAUUUUUACAAGUAAUAAUAUUUUGUUCCCAAGACUGAUCUGAAGUGAUCUAAAUGAUGGCUUUUACCUUUGAGUAUUUCUGUUCAUUAAAACAGGGUUUUUAAGUGGUCCAUUAUGUCCUAAAAGGUUAAUUGAUAUUUCGCCAAUAAGUUCAUUGUUCCACCUCUAAUAUGUCCCCCCAUCCCCUCACUCCUCCAGGUGAUGCAGCUUGCUGGUAUUGAAGGAGAGCAGGCCGUUUUGUUGCUAGAAGAUCACCAGUUCAUUGAGCCACAAUUCCUGGAACUCAUCAACAGUCUCCUUUCAGCAGGGGAAGUACCCGGACUUUACUCACCCGAGGAGCUAGAGCCCUUGCUGACCCCACUGAGGGAUAUGGCAUCAGAGGUCGGCUUCAGGGGGAGCCUCAUCAGUUUCUUUGCUUCUCGUAAGUUGGCUUCUCUUAUAGGACUAAACUUUUUGCUGUUUAUAAUUUGUUUCUGCCUUAAUUAAACCAAACUUUUCAGCUAACUCCAUCUCUUUAGAUCCUUAGCCAAAUGUCACAUAAACUGCCCAUAAUCUGCCUGUGGUCCUGUGGUAUUCAAUGAGAAACUGUGCUUUGCUAACCCCAGGGUAUAGAAUUUAUACCUUAUUUAUACAUUGUUUACUUGAAUAGUUUCCCCUGGUUGGCCCACUUCAUGCUGCUUAGUGCACGUAACAUCACUGAGGAAGGCAAGGUUGAAUUUGUACCUAAAGAUUUUAUAUUGGGCCUAUUUUUUUGUGAAUGUGCUGCUAAGACACUGCAGAACUUAUAAGUUGUCACUUACAACUUUUUGAUUGGGGGGCAACGGAACUACUUCACUAUUGGUCAGUUUCAGACCUCUUGACCCAUUCGAUUGAUAGCUACAAGAAGUAUAAAUUAUCUCAACAAAGUCAUUUUACCACCAUAUUUUGUAAGGCCUUGUGAUACCAUUGUUUCAGGUGUCAUGCACAACCUCCAUGUUGUCCUGGUCAUGGACAGUAGCAAUAGCAGCUUUAUCCUGAACUGCGAGAGCAACCCUGCCUUGUACAAGCAGUGCUCAGUGCAGUGGAUGGAAGGCUGGAGCAGAGAGAGCAUGGUGAAGGUACAGCAGACAAACUUUCAUCAGCUAUUAAAGUUUAAACCAGCUCAUAUCUUCUGGGCUGUUUGUGUGACGUACAUGAAAGGAGGAAGGCCUCACCGUGAAAGAAUAUAUUCUAAAUUUGGGAAAUUCAGUGAAAUAAUUUAACUGUAUCUGUAAUUUGAUUUUUUUAAAACUAAAUUUUUAACAGCUGGGGAGUUAAGUCAAUCUUACUUCAAUCAUUGGUUAUUUAAGGUCUGAGGAAUUCAUAAAUUUUGGUACCAUCUUUCAUACACUGUAAAAAAAAAAAAAUUGAAUUAAAAGAAAUAAAGGUGAUUUUAACAUUGGGAAUAUUAAUCUUCUCUCCCCAUUGUGAAAUUUCAUCAUUUUAUAAUAAAUAUUUAGACUGAAAAAAACAUGUUCUAAAAUCCUGUAAAUAUUAUUUAAUUUAGCAAUAAAGACUGGUUCAAAAAUUUUGCAAAUUAUUAAUUACAAAAAAAAUGUGACAAAAUUUAUCUUGACUUCUCAAAAAACUAAAAUUGAAAAGAUUUUUGUAAACUUAGAAUGUUAAUCCUAACUUUUGAAAUUUACCUUGUAGUUGCAAUUUUUUUACUUUUGAUUUGUGUACUUUGAUUUGUUUACUUUGAUUUGUUUACUUUGAACUUCCUUUUACAGGUUCCAUGGAUGCUGCUGACCAGACCUCCUAAGAUAGAAGGAGGGUCUAUAGGUGAGGGCAAAGGUCACAAGAAGAAACUUUCAGGCGGUGAAGAACUGCUCAAGUGUUUCCUUCAUGUCCACGAGUCCUGCGGGGCCCUCGGGGCAACACCUCGACGUUACAUGGUCUUCCUCAACACAUACCAGGCAGUCUAUGAGAAGAAGAAACGGAGCAUCACAGACAAACAACACCACCUUCAGGUAAUAUGUCUCACUGUUUUGUACACAAAAACAUCACCUUCAAGUAAUUGUUGUGAAUAUAUAAAGUUGUUGAAAAUGAUUUGUCUUUAAAUUAUUGCCAUUAUCAAAAUAAAUGAAAUGCUUCCUUUAAUGUUAAGGCUGGCGUGUCCAAGCUGAAUGAUGCCAAAGUUCUGGUGGAUGAGCUCAAGAGAAAAGCUGGUGAACAGAGUGUACAACUGGCAGAGAAGCAGGCGGAAGCAGACUCUGCCCUCAAGGAGAUUACUGUAAGUAGGACAUGCCAAGUUAUUGACUGGUAGAUUACUGUAAGUAGGACAUGCCAAGUUAUUGACUGGUAGAUUACUGUAAGUAGGACAAGCCAAGUUAUUGAAUAGUAGCUUACUGUAAGUAGGAUAUGCCCAAGUUAUUGACUGGAAGAUUACUGUAAGUAGGACAAGCCAAGUUAUUGACUGAUAGAUUACUGUAAGUAGGAAAAGCCAAGUUAUUGACUGGUAGAUUACUGUAAGUAGGACAAGCCAAGUUAUUGACUGGUAGAUUACUGUAAGAAGGACAUGCCAAGUUAUUGACUGGUAGAUUACUGUAAGUAGGACAAGCCAAGUUAUUGACUGGUAGAUUGCUGUAAGUAGGACAUCCCAAGUUAUUGACUGGUAGAUUACUGUAAGUAGGACAAGCCAAGUUAUUGACUGGUAGAUUACUGUAAGUAGGACAUGCCAAGUUAUUGUAAUUAGUUUUUGUAGUGCUGAGUUUGUUUUAAAUGUGGUAAAUUAUAAAUUUGUUUUUUUGUUGACUUUGUACCGCGCUUCGAGCCUUUGGGGAUGAAGCGUGUUUUUGAAAUGAACUUUAUUAUUAUUAUUAUUAUUAUUGACUGGUAGAUUACUUUAAGUAGGACAGCCAAGUUAUUGACUGGUAAAUGGACAACAUAAUUAGGGAUAUCUAUCUUUCUUAAAGCUUUCUUGUCUUUUCUUUUUAAGCAUAAAAUAUUACACACAUCUUCAAAAUGUUUUGAAAAGCAUCAUGUGUCUUGUAAUCAGUGUCUUGUAAUCAGAAAAUCGGAAUGGGAACUUGAAGAAAAUUUUUUGUUAGCCAAAUCAAUUAUUGCUGUCUUUUUAAACAGAAUUUACCCACACACUUGUAAAUUCUUUUUUUUUUUUUUUUUCAUGUGGGUGGGAGGUUGGUUAUACAUUCUGUUUUUCUUUAAUAUGACAGUUAAUAUUUUGCAUUUUUUUUCCGGUACACAAGUUGAUGAUUUUUUAAAAUAUUUUUUUUUUAAACAGAAUUUACCCACACACUUGUAAAUUCUUUUUUUUUUUUUUUUCAUGUGGGUGGGAGGUUGGUUAUACAUUCUGUUAUUCGUUAAUAUGACAGAUAAUAUCUUGCAUUAUUUAUCCGGUACACAAGUUGAUGAUUUUUUAAAAUAUUUUAUAUUAUCUAUUAUUACCCAUUUCUCUCUGAUCUUUGCAAUGUCCAUGAUAUUGACCAAUCAAGCUAUUGACCUAAUUUCAGUUGUCACUUAUUUGAUUUUUUUUAACUUCCUACAGGCAAGUAUGCAGAAUGCUGGAGACCAGAAAUUAGAGAUGGAAGAGUUAAAGAAGAGUGCAGCAGAAGAGAACAAAGUUCUAGAGAAGAGGAAAAAAGCUAUUGACAUAGAAUUAAUGGAGGCAUGUGAAAAAGGGGCUAACCAUUAGUAUUUAAAUUAUUGUAUACAUCUUCUAACUUAAAUAAACUUACAUUUCUUUGUAAUAUUUAAAAAUAGACUUUAUGAAUACAAUUAGUUUACUUUUAUUUCAUUUUCUAUCAUCAAUAUAUUUUAGUUUUAGCUCAAAAUUAUUCCUUCAGUUAAUUUUUGUAAUUAUCAACUAACUUCAUUCAAUUAACAGAUAUGUAAUUAUAAAUUAAAAAUAUGUAUAUAAAUUUUAAACAAAAUGUUUGAAGCAACAGAAAAUGCUUUAGAAAUGCCAUAUUAAUACAAACUAUAACAAAAAAUUCUGUUCAUGCAGGUGGAGCCACUUGUCCAGGAGACUCGUAAAGCUGUGGGAAGCAUCAAAACAGAAGCUCUUGCUGAGAUCAGGGCCCUUAGAGCACCACCUGAUGUCAUUCGAGAUAUUUUGGAGGGUGUGCUACGUCUCAUGGGAAUCUAUGAUACCUCAUGGGUCAGCAUGAAGAGGUCAGCAGUUACUGAAUAUUUCCUUAGUGCCUGGCUUUCUAAUAAAAUUUAGUAUUUCAUUUUGCUCAUUAUUUUACAAAAUUUGUAUAAAUUAUGUAUUCUAAAUAAAACAACUAAAUAUCAAUUGUAUUUUAGAAACUGCACUGCUAGUGAAGGUUUGUGAAAGUACUCUUAACAGAUUCUAAGAAUAAAUUAACUAUUCUUCAUUUUGUUUCAUUAGUUGUGGAUUAUUAUUUUUAUUUCAUUGAUAAAUGAGUACAAAACUUCUAAGAUUUUGCUGAAUGGUUUUAUAAAUGCUUGUAAUUUAGAGAAAAAAUAAAAGUUGUUUUUAGCCACGCUCUAUCAUGAUUGUCAGUUAACAAAUAUUUCAUAGUAUGUCAGACAUGUUUACCCUCAAACUCUUAAAAUCGUACAAUAUCAUCACAAUACAAUACAUUAUCUUAAUAGUAAAAAAAUAAACAUACAUUAUAUAUAAUGUAUACACCUCAAAAUCAUAUAUUGUACAUCAAAAUCGUAAGAGUAAACAGGUCUGGUAUGUGAUACAUGUUUCAUUUUUUUAUUAAUAUAUUUUUCCAAUCAUUUCCAAAAUGUCAGGCAUUUUAAUGUAUUGGUUAUUUUUUUAUCUGCACUUUUUUUUAUGCAGUUGAGUUUCAGUCAGUCUAAAUAAAGAGAAACAAUUUUGUGCAUAUUUCUAGAAUGUGUGGUGACCUCAGCUGAAUAUACAGCUACCUGCUUAGUAAUUUUUUUAUGCAGAUAAAUCUGACAGAUUUAGCAAUAGAGUUUUCCUACCUUUAAAACAGUCUUAAGGAAUAAAAAAAAAAACUAAAAUGAAGAAUUAAAGAUUUGACCUCAAUAUUUUUUCUGUACAAUCAGUAAGAGAAUUAUACCAAAAAAUUGGGUGCAUUGUUAGAAGCCAAGGCUGAGAGAACUGUAAUUGUCAUUUCAUGAACAAAUCAUUAUAUCUUUUAACUCUGUGUUUUUAUUUAGUUUCCUGGCUAAGCGAGGUGUGAAGGAGGAAAUUCAAACAUUUGAUGCCAGAUCCAUUUCACCAGAGAUCAGGAAAAGUGUAGAGGAGUUAUUGAGGAGAAACAAAGAUUCGUUUGAUCCUAAGGUAAAGGGAACACAUCAAAGACAUGUAAACAUUUAUUUUAUUUUUCCAGAUAAUGGAAACUGAAAACUUUUGGAUAAUUUUAUUACUAAAAGUUGGACCAGAUAAGAAAAUAAAAAAUAAAAAAAAUCAAUAGUUUAUCCUGCAUUUCAUUUAAUGUUAUAGAUUACGUUAUGUUUUUAGAAUGCGAAGCGAGCGUCGCAAGCAGCAGAGCCACUGGCAGCAUGGGUUCGAGCAAAUGUCCAGUAUUCUUAUGUGCUGGAAAAGAUAGAGCCUCUAGAGAAAGAGCAAAAUGAGUUGAAGAGGUAAGUGCCCAAUUUGUGUUAGUAAGUGAGAGUGUUUUGAAAUUGAUAAGAAAAAAUUAAUUUAAAAAAAAAUAAAUUUUCUUACAAAUAUUUUCUUUAAAAUUUAGUCAGGAUAUUAAAUACUAAUUUGGCAACAUUAUUGAUUAAUAAAGCAAAGAGUUUAUGCAUUUACAUUUCCCUAUGUGGUGUAAAUUAACAGCAAAUUCUUAAAAUGUCCAAUGGGAACCGGAUUCAUGGGUAAAGAUGUAAACUUACCAUCCUUUUCUCAUGACAGUUAAUCAUGGGAUAUGGCAAAUACACGACAUGGGUUGGUAGGCAGUGGUAGAGGUAUUUAAGUUUUGAUUUUUGUUAAAACUGAUUCAGCUUGGCACAUUAUAAGGACGAUCGCUUUAAUGUGCUCCCCAUAAAUUUAUUAAAUCAUUUCACUACAGUAAACAAAUAUACUUUGAAGUUCUAGAAGUUAUAUCAAGGUAACAAGUUGUUAGAAAAUGUAUUUAUUCACAGAUACAAUUUCAUCAACAUGUUUUUAAUUGAGAACCAGUGUUCUGAAUUAAUACAAUGUGACGGUCUUAAUUUCUCUGUUCAUUUCCAUCAUUUUAAAUUCUUUACCUCACAACCAACAGAAACCUUGACAAAGCUGAGGCUCGCAUGUCCAAACUUAGCCAGGCUUUGGGGGAGGUGGACAGGAAAGUUGCCAGCUUGCGCAACCGGUUUGAGACCCUCACCAAGGAAGCUGCUGAGUUGAAAAUAAAGCUGGACAGAGAGAAUGAAACCAUCGAGGCUGCCGAAACACUGGUCACUAAGCUGGAGGGAGAAUACCAGCGUUGGAACCAGCAGGUGAGAAAUUUUCUUUCAUAAACUUUGCUUGUGAUAUUGUGUUAUUUCUUAUUUCUGUGUUAUUACUCAGACUACAAGGCAGCUGGUAAUUUAAUUAAAUUUUUUAUAAAUUAAGUGUAACCAUUGCUGUAACCUCCGUUUAAGUGUUAGUUUUUUAAGGCCCAUUUCCAGUUCAAUUGGUCCCUAUGAAGAUAGUUUGGCCUUAUCAAGAUGUCAAUAUACCAUAAUCUUAUUAUAAAUGAUUGUCUGUUUUUUAAUCUGCCAAGGAACAAGAUUUUAUUUCCUCAGUUCUAAAUGCAGUUGGUUUUUCACUCAAGCUACCAUCUAUCUCCAUUUAUUAAAAAUUAGUUCGCUCACAUUUACUUGUGUCAAAUAAUUCAAAAUGUUGCCUGAAGUGGAUUUUACAAAUCUUUCCAGGUCGGUGAACUCUCAACUGAACUACAAGUGCUGCCAAAAAGAGCUCUGCUGGCUGCGGCAUUCAUCACGUAUUUGUCAGCCGCCCCCGAAGACCAGAGGCGGAACUAUCUGAAGCAGUGGCAGGAAGCUGUGGGUGUUGACAAGUUUGACUUGAGGAGGUUUUUGUCGACUGAAAGUGAGCAGUUGAUCUGGAAAAGUGAGGGUCUCCCUUCUGACGACCUGUCUAUGGAGAAUGCAUUGGUCAUUUUACAGGUGUGUAAAACUGCCCAUUUUUGUGCUUUAACAUUGAAACUUGCAUUGUUUUAAUAUUAGCUGUUGUUGUCUAAACUUGGACUGAGAAGUAGGACGGCUUAUGAUGUCCAACAAGGAUUGUUUUUAUAUGAUGUCAAACAGGAAUUGUUUUUUUUAUAUGAUGUCAAACAGGAAUUGUUUUUUUUUAUAUGAUGUCAAAUAGGUUUUGUUUUCACAUGAUGUCAAACAGGGAUUGUUUGUGUAUUCAUGAAAAAGGGAUGCAUCUAAUUUUUUGUUUGUUUUUUUAUUGAGAAAAUGAGAGCAAAUUUUCAGAUUCAGUUAUGCUUGCCUGGUUUUAAAAGAAAUAGCUAUGCUUGCCUGGUUAGAAAAACAUAUUUCAAAUAUUGCCUGAAAUGAAAGCUAAUUGAAAACCUGUAAUACUCUCAAUUAAAAUAGACCAAUUUUUCUAUAUUAUUUCUUAUAGCAAUGUCAAGAAUGUAGUGAAAUAAUAAACCUGCUGAUAAGAAAACCUAAAUUUCAUGUGGUGUUUUUCAUGCUUAAUUUUUUUUUCACCAUAAAACUAUUAGGUGCAUGAUAUACUGAUUGGGGUAAGGAAAUACAAUUUUAAGUAUUGGAAUUCAUGGUUUGGAGUUGCUUUUUUUUUUUUUUUUUUUUUUUUUUUUUUUUUUUUUUUUUUUUUUUUUUUUUUUUUUUGUUUUUUUGUGGUUUUCAUGCAGUAGUCAAUGUGUGUGUCACAUGAGUUUGCAUUUUGAGAUAGAGGAGAUUUGCCACGUUAAUUUUUUUCCUCUUCAUAAUGUUUAAAUCAUAUGUAAUUUAAGUUUGUUUAUCAAUCCAAAUGAUCUUUAAAAAAGAUUAAAUCACAUGUUUGUAAUGUCCCUCACUUUAUUACCCCUAACUAAAUUGCACUUCACUUAAAGCAGCCAUGAUGCACUUUAAAUGUAAUCCAAUAACUUUUAACAAUGACAUUUCUGUAGUUAACAAUGGCACUCCAGAGAAAACAAUAUGUAAUUGUAUGUGUUUGAGGGGCAAUGUUUAUAACUAUUUUUGGGUUAUUCUUCUUCUGUAAUAUGAUAAACAAUGCAUGCAAAAUAAAAUAGGUUAUAUGCAUAUCAUGCCAUUAAAAUUAUAAGUUUAUGAACAUAAAACUUUUAAGAAUUAUGUUUAAAAUAAUUAAUUGAAAAUUAAAACCAUUUUUUCAAAAAGAAUUAUUUCAUUUAAUGUCAAGCUGAGAUGGAUUUUUAAGUUUAUAUUGUUUCUUGACUCUUAUACAUUACGUUAAUUAAAUGCAGGUCUUUGUCCUAAAAUAUUUCAAUGAUAAAGGAGACAUUAUUUUAAAAAUAAAAAAUUUCUUUCAGAGUUCACUUCGUCCAUUUUUAGUGGAUCCAUCAUCCAGGGCCACAGAGUGGCUUAAAGUUCAUCUCAAGGCCAACAGACUAGAGGUCAUCAAUCAACAGGUAGUUUAAAAUUUGACAGUUUCAGUAGCAGAUUUAAUAAUUUAGUCUAAAGUAUAUUUUUUUAAGGUUGAAAUCGCUUUUCUUAACCCUCUUGAGACAGCUGGGCCGAUCUUUAGGCCCAGAGUGGUAUAGUGAAAAAGAUGAAAGGCCAAUCUAUUGGCCCAAUAAUAAAAGCCUUGAGAUUGGCUGGCUGGUCUUUAUACCAGCUAAUCAGAUUGCUUCUCACAUUUCUUGCUCAUCAUUCCAUUUUAAUGGCCGCAUCAAUUGAUAUUUUACUGUGUUCUGUCGUGAUAUAGAACAUUUUUUUUGUGUGCCUAGUGACAAAUAAAUGAAAAUAUGGGACCUUGAAAUAUGUCAAAAGGCAAAACAGCCCCUGGGGAAUAUUUUAUGCAGUUUUUCACAUUGAAUCUCAUUCAAAAUGGGUUAGGACUUAUUUAGGCUUCAACAAGCAUAAAAUUUUUAAAAAUUCUGCGAAUAAGACAAUUUUACUCUAAGCGUUAAAAAUAAUUGUAUGCAUAAAUUAUACAAAUCAAGUUAUCUCAUUUGCAUAAAGUUGGAGAUUUCAGUCUGAUUUAUAAAGAUUGUUUUAGUUUCUUCAAUUCCCUACAAGAAUAUUUAUAUAGUUUUAUAUUUGUAAAGUAAUUAGUUUUUAUAAUUAUUUUUACAAAGUAAGUGCAGGGCUUGUGAAACAAGGCUGAGUCUCAAGAGGGUUUAGACAGAGUAGUUCUUUAAAAUUAUUUUUGAAUGAGAAAUGUGUACAAUCAUUUCUUUAUAUCCACCCAGCUCAACAUACAAUUCUUAUCUACUACCAGGAUUCAAUAAAAAAAAUUAAUCUUAACAAUUGUCUUUCUAUUGGCCUCAUUUUUAACAAUUUAACAGCAAUAUCUUAUCAUUAGUAAUUAUACAAUUUACCAUAUUUUUACUUUACCAUUUGGUUCCAGGAUGCAAACUUCAGUACAGCCCUUGAGCUUGCUGUCAGAUUUGGCAAGACUUUGAUAGUACAGGAAGUGGAUGGAGUAGAACCAGUCUUGUUUCCUUUGUUACGAGGAGAUCUCACUGCACAAGGUUAGUGAGAGAAUGAUGUCGGAGCAGAUUUGAGGAUUAAGGGGUUAUUAUUCUAUAGUUACGGAAUUAUGUUGUUUUUUUGUUUAUGAAGAUGCUAACUUUUUUUCGUUAUAUGUUUUCAUUUAUUGUGAGGUUGAAAUUUUAGCUUUGGAAAACAUUUUCGUGUGCCCUUUUAACUGAUAAAUUCUAAAUUUUAUUUAGGGUUUUUUUGUUUGCUCCUGGGCUGCUUUAAGUUAGUUUUACUGAUCUCUAAAUAUAUAUUUUUUUCAAAUUAGCGCUAAAAAUAAUAGAAAUAAUAAUUUAAAAUUUCGUUUUCAACAAAGGUCCAAGAUAUGUGGUUCAGAUUGGUGAAAAAACAAUUGACUACAAUGAAGAAUUCCGUCUCUUCCUGACCACAAGAAACCCUAGUCCUGAGAUCCCACCCGAUGCUGCAGCCAUUAUUACAGAAGUCAACUUCACCACAACCCGUGCAGGUCUCACUGGGCAGGUGAAAAAGAAAUUUUUUUUGUUCCUUAUAAUUUUUUUUUUUUUAAGUUAUCACAAAGCAGAAGUAUCCCAAAUUAAUGAAACCUAUUCAACAAAUGUAAAAUUGACUAGUUUUCAAAAAAUAAUAAACUCACAAAAAAAACGUAAAAUUGUGUUGUAUUGUUUGAAUAAAAUUUAGAAAUGUGUGAUCAUUUCCUUAAUUUCACAGCUAUUGGCCAACACACUGCAAAAUGAAAAACCUGAACUGGAACUGAGAAAAACAGAGCUUUUGAAACAAGAGGAGGACCUCAAAAUUCAACUUGCCAAAUUGGAAUCCAGCUUAUUAGAGGUGAGAAUAUGUAGGAAGUUUUUUUCUUGGCCUGUGCAGUGAAUUUUUUAAAGUAAAGAAAUGGAUUGAAACAUUAAAAUUAAUCUUGGAAUUGUGUUACUGUUACAUAUACAUGUUCUUUUGUUAAAAUAUUGAUCUUAAAAGUGAUGUGUGCAAAAUGACACUAGGAAAAAAAACUAUUUUGCUAAACCAAGGUUUUUCUUUGAAUCUUUCUUUAAGUUAAAAUAAUGAAUUUUUACAUUUACAAUUUUGCUUGUGUCAAACAUAUUUUUUUAAAUUUGAAAGAAUAAAUAUUUAAAUAUUAAAUAAAUUAAACUUUUCCUUUUUUUUAAAAAACAGGAAUUAGCCAAUGCCAAGGGUAACAUUCUAGAAAACAAGGAGCUUUUAGAUUCACUAAACAAGACCAAGGCCAGCAGCAUCACCAUCACAGAUUCACUGGUUGAAUCUGUCCGCCUUCAAACCUCCCUGGACCAGGAGCGUAACACCUACCUGGCAUUGGCUGAAAGUGGCAGCUGUUUGUACUUUGUCAUCAGUGACCUGGCCAAGAUGAACAACAUGUACAGAUUCUCACUGGCUGCUUUCCUGAGGUUGUUUCAGCGGACACUUCAGUCCAAACAUGUGAGGCAAAAUUGUUAUUAUAAAACUAAUCGUUUUGGAUUGUUGAGAGGGGGGUUUGGGUGUGUGUGGGGGAAGGGAGGGGGGGGGGGUUAAUGACACAAAAAUAGUUAAAUCACUAGCCAUUUUUGUAAUUCUCUGAACUUAAACAGAAGCAAAAAUAAGGACAUGUGUGGGGGAAGGGAGGGGGGGGGGUUAAUGACACAAAAAUAGUUAAAUCACUAGCCAUUUUUGUAAUUCUCUGAACUUAAACAGAAGCAACAAUAAGGACAAUGAUAAUGAUGACAGUGUGAGCUUUAAAAAGGUCAAUUAAAUUAAAUUUACCAUUAUCCAAAUUGGUUCAUUAACAACAAGUCAUGAAUUCUUAUGAAAAAGGUCUUGAACAUCGUAAGCCACCCAUGGCAAUACCGGUAUGAACAAGGUUAUUAGGUCUUUAAACUUAUUUUUUUAUCAAUUAAGUUGACUGUUUUUAACAAAAUUUGUUUAGAGAAGAUUUUAAAAGUGCAUUCUUCCCUGUUUACUGUUCCCAAGGAUGGCAGCGGCACAGAACUCAGGUUGAAAACUCUGAGCAGCAAGCUUGUCAUGAUGGUCUAUGAGUAUGUCUGCCGCUCGCUGUUUAAAGCUGAUCGCAUGAUGUUUGCGAUGCACAUGGUUCAUGGAUGCAAGCCAGACUUGUUUGAGGAAAAUGUUAGUUGUUCUGUCUCUUCCUUUUGUCCAUAUUUUUAUUGUUAAAAUAGUGCAGAAUUCUUUAGGCUUGACAAAAUUUUGUACAUAUUCACCAUUUAAAAUUAAACUGGAAUAGCGGUCCUAUUGACAAAUGCAUCGAAAUAUUUGGUUUAAAAGAAUGAUAAUUUUUUUACAAUCUUAUCAAGGAAUGGGAAGCUUUCACUGGUAUGUUGGUGGCAGAUGUGAAAGGAGACAGUGGACGAACGCCAUCUUGGGUGGAUGAGGAAAGACAUGCAGCCUUGGCAGCGUUUAAGGUAAAAAAAAGUAAUUGUGUAAACACCAAUGAAAUAAAUUUUACAAUGAUGUUUCAGUAACAUGGAGAAUCCACACAGAAGAAGUUUGUUUUGUUUUUUUUAAUACAGAAAAUAUAUCAAUUAUUUUUCAUUAAAAUAGAAUAGGCUUACAUUUUGUUUUAUAUUGGGGACUAUUUAUUUGCAUUCAGUUUCACUCUCUGUUAUGAUCUAUGUGCAGUCACCUCAACAAAAAAAUGUAAUGCACUGGUAGAUUACUAAUGUUAUCUUUCUUUUUGUCAGACCAACUUCCCAAGACUGUACCAAAGCCUAGACAUGGAGGACACUGGCCUGUGGUCAAACUUUGCCCGCAGCAGCCAGUGCGAGCAGGAAUUCCCAACAGCUAUUGAGAGGAAGAUAACUCUGUUUCAGCAAGUUCUUAUCACACAAGCCACACGACCAGAUCGGCUGAUCAGUGCCAUGGGAUUGUUUGCUUGUAGGGCUCUCGGUAUGUCAUUGCCGGAUAUGUCAUUUCACGGAAAAAGAAUUUUGUUAUUUCAUAAUUUUAUGCUUUGUAGAUAAUGUCAGUUAUGUCAUGGAAUGGUGGAAAAAUAGUCCUGUCAUAGUAAUUAUAUCAUUCUGCCAUGUAAAUGUUAAGUCAAAAUUUUAAUGACUAUUUUUUAAUUUACAAUUACAAGUCAAAUAACAAAUGAAAUAAAGUAAACACCAAUCAAGCACAAUACAAUACUCACCAAUCAGGCACAAUACAAUGCUCAUCAAUCAAGCACAAUACAAUGCUCAUCAAUCAAGCACAAUACAAUACUCACCAAUCAGGCACACCAAUCAGGCACACCAAUCAGGCACACCAAUCAGGCACACCAAUCAGGCACACCAAUCAGGCACACCAAUCAGGCACACCAAUCAGGCACACCAAUCAGGCACACCAAUCAGGCACACCAAUCAGGCACACCAAUCAGGCACACCAAUCAGGCACACCAAUCAGGCACACCAAUCAGGCACACCAAUCAGGCACACCAAUCAGGCACACCAAUCAGGCACACCAAUCAGGCACACCAAUCAGGCACACCAAUCAGGCACACCAAUCAGGCACACCAAUCAGGCACACCAAUCAGGCACACCAAUCNCAAGAGUUUCAGGACCUUGCAUCAGAAACUAUUGGGUUUGAGAGAUAUCCUCAGGUCAGUUUGGGUAAACAGCCAGAAUUACCCCCCCCCCCCACCCCCAAUCCGGAUCUCGCUAAAUAGGAUUUUGAAUAAUGUUAAUAAGGUUUACCAGUAAAUACGAAAGCACAAUGAAUUCCUGGAACCUAUCAAUAGCUGCUUAUAUCAACAACAUAGUUCUAGGUCAAGAUGUUAGAUUCCUUGAGGUAACAGUAAAUCUCUUCUGUUACGUAAAUCAUAGUUUAAAUUAAACAACCCAUAAAAACAGUUUUUAUGCAUUUUUGUUUGCAUUAUGUAAUUGUACGUGAUUUAUCAUUUAUGUGAUUGCGGCUGGUUUUUAUCAAACUUUGUGCAUUUAAAACCCAAUAGACUAAAUGUAUUAAAUCCAAAUAUAAUUCAAAGGACAUAGCAACAGCUAUACAAUUAAUCUUCACACCAAAACACGCACUCAUUGAACAAAUCAUGUAUUCCUCUCCCCUUGAAAAACAGGAUUUUAGGUUUGGGGGUGGAGCUGAAAAUUUUAUAGAAUUUGUUGUCAUCAGCAAGUUUCAGCUGGAUAGUAUGACGGGAAGUGGGUUAAUGAACCUUCUGAAGAUUUUGAAAGAAACACAUGAACGAAACCAAAUUUAAUGUAAAGGAUUUAGAAAUACAGAUAUAUUGUUAUUGUUUUGUAAAUAAUCUGCUCUCACUCUGUUACUUCUGCCUUUUUUUAAGGCCGCCAUUUUAAUAUUUUUAGAUUUCAAUCAGUGAAGGGUUAUGAAAGAGAAUUUAAUUAUUAUAAACCCAAACCUCACUUUGACCAAACAAUAUUUAAAUUAAGCUUAUUAGGCAACAAUGCAAGGGUGUAAAACGGUAGGUGAAAAAUUUAAAGAUGUUUUCAACAUUACCAAUCAUUUGAUUAUGUUUUUCCAUGUUACCAUGACAAAUCAUCAGAUUUUGUUUCUUCCAUGAAAAGCACAUCCAGAUCUUUGUAUUUAUGCUGUGAGAAACCAUGUUGUUGUUUAUAAAAUCAAAAUUAUCAUGGGAGAUUUUUACCAUGCCCCCUCAGGUUGCUAUGGGUCAAGGACAAGCAGAAGUGGCCAUGAAGCUUCUUCAUGACUGCUCAAAGAAUGGUAACUGGCUGUGCCUGAAAAACCUGCAUCUGGUCACUGCCUGGUUGCCUGCCCUUGAAAAGGUAUCAUCAUGGUUUUUUACUAACCUGACACAGAUAGAAGAAUUUGUUAAUAGUAGACUUAGAAGUUACUAGGCCUAUUUUAUUUUUGGUCUUUGUAACCUAACAUAUAUAUAUUUGUUUUCCCCAACAGGAAAUAAACACCAUGCAGCCUCACAAUGAUUUCCGACUUUGGCUGACAUCUGAAGUGCAUCCUAAAUUCCCAACAAUUUUGCUACAAUCAAGUCUCAAGGUCACCUAUGAGGUAAAAUAUCUUUGCGGCACAGAACAAAUGGGAUAAAUUGUUUUUUUUGGACAACCUAACUUCCGCCAAUAAUAUGGUACUUCUGACUCCACCAUUUUUGCACAACACAGAAAACUACAGACACUCAAGUUUUUAACUCGUUCUUUUCCUUGUUCUUUCUGGUUUUGUCUGCUGACAAAGGCUUUUAGUCGAAACAUUCCCUUUUUAUUGUCCUGUUCUUUCAUUUCAACUAGUUCCACUAAUUCCUUCACUUAGCUUAAAUUCAGUCCUUCAUUUAUUAUCCCUAAUUUUUGUUAGAAGAGUUGACAUUUUUUAUUUAUUUGUUUAGCUGUUGUUAUAUUUUAUAACAAGAAACAAACCAUUUUCAAUUAAAAUGUAUUAGUGUUUUAUUUUAAAAACAUAAUGAUCAUUUGAGCCAGUGCUCCUCAAUUUUAUUACACGUGCAUGGCUUACCUAAAUCCUGCCCAGAACGCUGUUGCAUACCACAAGGAAAAAUUUACCAUAAAUAUUUGAGCUCAGAGCACAUAAUUAAGUGAAAUUAUGUAACAAUUUAGAUCUUUGACAGACAAUCUGAUUCUUACAUCUGCUAAAAAUUUUGUUAUCCUUGUUAGUGCAUUAGUUUUUAUUUUAGGUUGCAAAUCGGUUUCUUUGGGACCUUAGACUUCCAGAUAUGACCUUACAAGUUUGACAGAUUUGUAAUAAGAUAAUCAUUUUUCCUUUUUAAAAAUAGGUUUUAUGAUAUUUAUGUGUCCACUGUAAAUUCUGUACUUUUCCUCCCCAUUGGGGACAUUUUGCUAUUGCACACCUAGCAUAGUCUGGUGGCGUCCCAGUAUUCUUUCAGAAAUAAUUCAUUUCCAUGACUCCAAGACUGAGUUGGCAAGGGUUAACUGGUAAGAUAAGAGUUAAAAAAUUUAAUAUUUCUUCUACAGGCGCCACCUGGUGUGAAGCGUAACUUAAUGAGGACCUAUGAGGGCUGGACCCCUGAGUAUGUUGCUCGUGGUGGUAAUGUGCUGCGCUCUCAGGCCUUGUUUGCCCUGGCCUGGUUCCAUGCUGUGAUGCAGGAACGAAGGAUGUACAUACCCCAGGGCUGGACCAAGUUCUAUGAGUUCUCCACAUCAGAUCUGAGAGCUGGUGCUGACAUCAUAGAUAGGCUAUGCAAGGGAGGUAAGUUUGAUUCUUAAAUGUCAAGCGUAACUUAAUGAGGACCUAUGAGGGCUGGACCCUUGAGUUUUUCCUGGGCUAGUUCAUAAUGUGUAUUAUUUUCCUUACAAUGUUUACUAUUUUCUUUACAAUGUGUAUUACUUUUUUUUACAAUGUGUAUUAUUUUCUUUAAAAUGUAUACUACUUUCUUUACAAUGUGUAUUAUUUUUUUUACAUUGUGUACUAUUUUCUUUACAAUGUCUAUUACUUUUUUACAAUAUGUAUUAUUUUCUUUACAAAAAAGGACAAUUGAUGUAAUUAUCAUCAGUUAUUUAAUUUGAAACUUUAUUCUCUCAAUACACAAAUAUUUAAAAUUAAAAGGCAUUGUUUUAGAUUCUGCGGCUUUAAAUGUUUAGAAUUAUUUAAUAAAACAAAAAAUGUUCACUUUGUUGUAAUUUUACACAAAAACAUCAACAGACAAGCCAUGGAUGUCUGUAGCCAAUGCUAACAUUUUUACUGAUAUUUUAGUUGAGAAAUUACAUAAAAAGUGGGCUUUGGCAAAUGAUGCAGGGGCUGUUUAAUAUUACUGUAGAUGAAAAAUGUCAAUCAUAUUUUUUCCAGACAAUAUUUCCAGCGUCUGAGAACUAUUUUAUAACUCAAACUUUGGUUAAAAACAUUUGCAUCUGACCUCUCAAAUCAGAUAAAAAGUCCCUUUUUAACAAAUAUUCAGUUUUUUUUAAAAUAAAUUAUUCAAUCCCAGAUGGGGGGGGGGGGGGGGGGGGGGAAACUCAUUGUCAGUAUCAGAUAUCACUUUAUUAAACAUAUUUUUAAAUUUGAUUUGAUUUUCUAUCCUCUAGUACUUUAUGAUGCUAAUGCACUGAGCAGUGCUGGAAAUGGAGGUGUCUAGUAUAGUUUUCUGUGUGAUAAAAUAAUACAUGCAGAUCUGUCAUUUAAUUUGUUCCUUUUAGAUCAACUCCAUAAAAAGAUUUGUCCAGAUUUUAAAGAAAUUAAUGGCUAAAAUAAAAUCAAUUAAACAUAAUUUGCAUUAUAUUAACCAACAAUUUUACCUUAGGAAAAGUAAUAUGUUCCAAACUUGAACAAAUAAGUUGUGACAAAUUUGUAUAUGUUGUGCUUCAAAUAACAAACACAUAAACAUGUACAUUUAUCCAGAAAAAAAUCCAGGGAAAGUAUCUGAAAUACAAACGCUUGCUUCAUAACAAAUAAUUAAAUGGCUUUUAAAAUAAUUUUAACAAUUAAAUUUAAAGGUUUGUUCUGAUGCUAAUAUCUGUGAAAAUUACAACUAUUACUAUAGUUAUGAUUGUAUAUAAAGUAUAAAUGUUACAAUAACUGACUACAUAAUACAUACUGACACAAUAAUUAAUCCAUAGUUUGAGUGUGCUUACAUCCUUAUCAAAAUUCACCAAAUUUUAAGAAAUAUGUAGGAAAUAAAGCACAUUAAGAAAUGGGCUAAUAGCAUUUGAUGGUGUAAUAAUAUAAUUUUUAAUAUUUUAUAUAUAUAUUUAAAAGUUCUUGUAUUAUUAAAAAAAACUCUAAACAUUGAUUAUAGUUACAUGAUUAUAAAAUUUUACACAUAUUCCUUAAAGCGCACAGCACAUGUAUGUCACAUUGCUGAAUAAAAAAAUGCUCUCUUCAGCCCAUUUCAUCAAGUUAUUAUUUAAAUGUCAGGUCAUGACAUCCAAUGGCAGUUUAUCCAUGGGCUGUUUGAGUUCGCCAUCUAUGGUGGACGUGUGGACAACCCGCUGGACAUGGGGGUCAUGGUGUCCUACUUAAAGCAGUUCUUCAAUGGUUCAAUCAUCUCGCCACAGAACAAAGGAAAACGACUUGGGCCACUCAAGAUGGCGGCUUCAACUAAUAUUCGAGUAAGAUCUGUAUUGCUAGGAGCAUUUGAGAGAAUCAAAGAAUUGUCCUAUCACUGAUAGGGAUGUUAUUUAUUGUAUAGCAUAUUUUAGCAUAUUAAAAAUAUUGUUGAACAAAUUAACUUGCUAGGCAAUUAAUCAACAUGGUUUUGAACACAAAGCCUUAGAAAUCACAUUUUAAGAAGAUGUUUUAAAGAUCUGAGUAUGCAUUAUUUAAUAUGUUCUAAAUCAUUCCAGGAUUACAUAGAAAUUAUUGAAGCCCUACCUGAGUUUGACAAGCCAUCUUACUUUGGACUACCAGAGAACAUAGAGAGGUCAGCACAGCGCAUGACCAGCAUGUCCGUCAUAUCACAGCUGCGUGUACUGCAAAGGUCAGACGCCAAGGCCAACAAAUUUGACAAGGAUGUUUGGGCUACUGAGCUUGGUCCCAUUCUGAAUCUGUGGAAGAAGGUCAACCAGGUAAAAUUAUUAAUCAGAAUUUGUCCUUAUAUUGUGCAUGUGUAAACUAUUUUUUUUUAAAUUUUAAUGAAGAAAAUAUCACAUAUUUGAUCUUUCCAAUUAAUUUAAUCAAGUUUUUUUUUUGGAGGUUAUAUUUGUUGUAUUUAAUUUUAAAAAUGAUUUAAUAAAAUUAUUUUUUUGGUCUCUUGUUGAUUUUUUAGGAUGUUAUAAAAUUUAUAUUAUUUGUUACAAUUUUUUAAAUCAAACUUAACAGUAUGUCUUUAUUGGUAAAUGGGACUGUAAUCUUAUCACAUUUUAAUUAGUGAUUUAGAACUUAUUUAACAAACAAAACAUGGAAAUAGUGAUAUUUUACCACAUAAAAAAUUAUUUAAAAUCCCCAACAAACUUUGUUACUUUUCAGGGACAUAAUCUCAUACAAACCAAAGUUAUUGCCCCUUCAGAGAAAGCUAGCAAUGAAUCUCCUGUGCUUACAUUCAUCAAACUGGAGAGCUACAAUGCCAUUAAAUUAGUGCAAUCAGUUCAUGCUUCGCUUGCUGCUCUCAGUAAGGUCAUCAGGGGCACACAGCUAUUAACUUCAGAUGUCCAGAUGUUAGCAGCUGCUCUGCUUAAUCAAGAGGUAUUUUACUAUUUCUCCUUUUAUAAAAAUAUGUUUAAUAUUUAUUUAGUUUCAGUAUUUUUGAAAAUUCCAAAUUUUAAGCUUUGAAUUUAUUAUUUUUCCCAAUGCUAUGGACUGUGGUUAAUUGCUAAAAUAAAAAUCAAGAAGGUUAUAUUGCAGUAGAAUAACCUCUGAAUAAGUUAACAUAAGUUAAUAAAUGUGACUAGUCCAAGUCAUUGCUGUUGGUACAAAUUGUAAUUCUUGAAUUAAUUCCCAAGACUCCCCUCAAUUGGCUGAGCAAGUGGGAUGGCCCAGAAGAUCCAGUUCAGUACUUACGUGGUCUGGUCACUCGGGCAGCUGCCAUACAAACAUGGGUGGAACGUGCCGAGUCUGGAGCACUGCUGAGGGAAACUUUGGACUUGUCUGACCUCUUCCGACCCGACACAUUCCUAAAUGCCCUCAGACAACAAACUGCAAGGUAAGACUCUCAACCUUCUAUAAAUGGCUCUUGAUGCAUAAACAAGAGAUUAUAGCUAGUUUAAACUGCCAAUGUUUGAUAAAACCCAGGAUAAUUUAUAUUUACGGAUGAAAGACAAUCCAAACAAAAGAAAAAAAUAGUUGUUUCAUUAAUACAGCCAUUUUUAACAUUACAUCCUGGUACUCAUGUCAGAUUGGAUGUGGCAUCUGAAUCAAUUUUUUAAAAAGUAUAAAAAUGCACUGUUUAUUCUGAAAAUGCAUCAAUGUUUUUCCUCAGGGAAAUGAAGUGUUCCAUGGACAGUCUCAAGUUUGCCUGCAGCUGGCGUGGCUCCAUUCAGGGCGCCCGCACAACAAUCAAGAUUGGGGGGCUCAUGAUUGAAGGUUGUACAUUUGAUGGGAGCCGGUUGUCAGAGAACCAGCGUGACUCCCCAACAGUGGCUGCCAUCCCUCCCUGCACUGUGUCUUGGAUACCCAAAGUAAGUUGAUCAUAGUCAUGGAAUGAUGAUUGAAAAUUAUUAGUAUUUAUUUGCAUUAUUCAAUGGUAGUAAGAGUACAAAUGUUAUAUUUAAAAGAAUAAAAAGCCUUUUAUUUUUUUCAUGUUCAAACUAGUAAAUAAACAUGGAUAUUCUGAGCUGUUGUUAGCUACAACCAGCAUAAAUGCAUAGUUAUAAGAUUAAAUUAUUCCAAUAUUGUCUUCAGUUUAUUGAAAUAAGUUGGAGUAUAAAUAUUAUCAAUGGGCUGGAGGGCCAUGGCUUCGACUAAGACGUGAUAUAUUAUUAUGAACUUUUGAUAAAUAGCUACCUGUUAUAUGUGAGAAAAAAGGCAUGUUAAAUUCAUCGUUUUAAUGCAUUGUUUUGAAUUCAUGGUUUUAAAAUAUUAGUUUUAAAUCAUAGUUUAAAUUCAUAGUUUUAAAUUCAUUGUUUUAAAUCAUAGUUGUAAAAAGAUAGAAUUAAGACAAUAAGUUUGAGAAAUUUGAAGCUUUAUUUAUGACUCAAAAAAGUAAAGAAUGUUCUUCAGCAGGCAAUACAUUUAUGAAGAAUGCUUUAACCCUGGAAUACAUAUAUUCAUAAUUUUAUCCUUUUCAAGGAAAAUCAAAUUAAUAUUAUAUUGCAUAUUAGAAUCGAGAUGUGUUGUAAAAUUUAAAUAGGGAUAUUCUGUAGUAAUUUUAAAAUAUUCUCAGUGCUGUAGAGUGAUCAGGUUUCUUUUUAACUCCUUCCAUCAUUAUGUUUACUUUUAUCAAGAAGAUGCAUAUUUUCAUUUAAUAUAUUUGAGCUACCAUUUUUAGUUGGUUAUAAGAUUAAUUAGACACUCUUAUAAUUAGAUGCUUAUAAGAUGCAUUUUUUCUUAUGAAAUAUCUACAAAAAAACAUCCUGCUUGCUAUAAACCAAAUGUAAAUGAAGGGAGUUUUGGUUUGAGGUGUGGAGUGAGCACCAGCUUACCAACUAGAUCCAGUUAUGAGCCCUUGAAACUUUAACAAGUUUUAGUGUUUCAAAAUUAAAUUUAAAACGUUAUGAGAGAAGCUUUUAAUGCAGUUCGGACAAUGGGACAUUGAAAUGAAACACGAUUGAUGUAUUUGGGAGACUGGGGUAAUUAACAGGAAAUAAAAUUCCUGCUAAGUUUCAUAUAUCUCAUACUACAGAUCACAAGCUGAUGCAUUUAUGGUGAACAUUUUAAUAAUAAUAAUGUACUAAACUACGCUUUUCAUAAUUUUUGCACGAUUUAAUUACAUUUUUCUCUGAUUUCCUCCUUAAAACUUUGUGGGGCGUCUAAUAAGCUCUGAAAUACAGUAUUUCUAUAUCACUUAUUUAUGCCAAAUUGGAAGAUAUAUCCUAUAUCUACUGUUGUAAACUUUAGUAUGUAUUGUGAAACAAUGAAUGUUCAGUAAUUCUUUAUUUUUAAUGUGUUAUCCAGGACUCCACAGAUCCAUACGGCAUUGAAGAAACAAUUUCCUUGCCCAUUUACUACUCCAGUACCAGAGACAGAAUUGUCAUUCGCCUGGAUGUGCCCUGUGGUGGAAAUGUUGACCAAUGGCUGCAAACUGGAGCAGCACUCUUCUUGAAGAAUGAUUAGAAGUAGAUUCAAUGCACUGUUAUUAUUAUUGUGUUAUUUGAUUAUAUUAAUAAACAAAUUUUACAAAUUUAGUGAAUUAGUUUAUUUUGGAAUUAUAUUUUCAUUGACUCAUCAUUUUCCUUUUGUUAUUAUUUUUUUAAUGUUAAUCAUUUUGAUGGUCAAUAUUAAUGAGUGGUCAUUUUCAAAACUUUUUGAGUUUUGUGUUAAUGAUAAUAUAAAAAAAUAUUCAAUAAUGUUCAAUUUUUUUGCCAACUAAAUUCUUGGUCAAAUGCGAUUAUAACAUAAAUGGCUGCCAUUUCAAUGGGUAAAAAAACAUUCUCAAAUGUUACAUGACAUGAUUAAAAAUUAACCUACAGUUAAACUAUGUAAAAUGUUUUCAUUUCACAUGUUUUUGGAUUUACAGAAAAAAAGAUAACAAUGACAUGCUUAACCAUUUUGUUAAAAAUGUAAUGAAAUAUCAUAGUUAUAUUUUCAUAGUUUCAUUUAAGUUAAAUCAAAAUAAUUAUUUGAAGUUUUAUUAUGGUUUUAAUUUUUUAAUGUUAAUAUUGUUUAAGGAAAUCAAUUAAUUUUGAAUGGAUUUGAUCGCUGAUCUCCGUCCACCCACAAAACUUUUGCUAACAAAUUUAUUUGACAGAUUUUUGUUCAACUUUGGUCCAUAUCUUGCUGUGAUACUUGCUGGUUACGCAAAUUUGUAGUUGUUACAAUUUCUUAUGGAUUAAUAAACUUUAUAAUUUAUUUUCAAAAUGUUUAGUUUUCCUUUGUUUUAAAUAUAUGUGAAUAGCUCCGUUAGAAAUUUAUGGUGAAUAUUUUGUUAAGG